GUCGGUGUGCGUUCUCCCUCUCUCGUUUUCCUCUCCCAGAGAUGGCGUCGCGCAAGGAGACACCCGCCCCCGGCGCCGGAGCUUCUUCCUCGGCUGCCGUCAAAGCCAAGGCGAAGGCGGCCCCGGGAGACUCGGCGGUCAAGCAAGUGCAGAUCGACGGCGUGGUGAGCGAGGGAAGGGAAGCCGGGAGAGGCGCCUGAGCCGCCGGGCGCGCUGCCGCGUGUUCUUCACAGGGUCGGGAGGGACCCCGAGGGUCAUCUAGCCGAACCCAGAAUGGUUUACAAAUGUCAGUGAUCAGACAGUCCCAGCCCCCAGGUUUAUAAUCUGAAAUACAUGACAUAAAAGGAAAAAGAUGGGGGGGGGAGGGGGAAGACAAGCUCUGGCACCGGCCUUUAUUUCAGAAUUACAGUGGUACCUCGGGUUACAGACACUUCAGGUUACAGACUCCGCUAACCCAGAAAUAGUACCUCGGGUUAAGAACUUUGCUUCAGGAUGAGAACAGAAAUCUUGCGGCGGCGCAGCAGCAGGAGGUACCUCGGGUUAAGAACAGUUUCAGGUUAACAACGGACCUCCAGAACGAAUUAAGUACUUAACCCGAGGUACCACUGUAUUGCAAUGACCAGACGGAAUGGAAAGAAGAGCCAAGAAUUGCUAGACUCUGAGCUGGAAUUGACGAAGACGCCCUGCAUUCCUAUAACUUGGUAAUAAUAGCCUGUAUUUCUCUGCUUGCGGCAGAAGAGGGUGGUUCUCUUUCCCUGUGACCGGCACGGAAACAAAAGAGUGCUCACCUCUUAUAAGGCAAUUUAAUCAUUUUACUGAAAUCAUAUUGGCUGGGCUGAUGUACAGGUGUCUGAUAGGUUGGACAAAACUGCGAAGAUGCAGUCUAGGUAUUAUUAAAAAUGCAAUCUCAGUUCAGCUAGAGCAGAGUGGUCCGACGCGCAGCCGGAGGGCUGCAUGUGGACCUGAGGUCUUUUUGGGUGACCGUCGGCAACAUUUUACGCCCCCUCUCCUUCCCCUUCCCUCUGCACAGCCUUCCCAAAGCUGGGUAUGGAGGUGCUGGGCUCUGGGAAGGAGGUGUGAAGGCUCUGACAGGAUCCUAGAGUCCUCCUACCUCCUUCCCAAACCUAGUUAGGGCUUUCUCAGAGGUGGGAGAGCUCUAGGACCCUGCCAGAGCCGCAUGCCUAUUUCCCAAAGCCCAGUUUCACACUUACUUAACUUUGGGAAGGUGGCGCAAGGACUGGGGUGUCAUUUUUUGGCCUCUCUCCCUUCCCCCUCUGCGACAAAGCAGUGUGUGCCCCGUGGGCUCCGUGUUGAAGUACUCUUGCAGUAUGUAAAGUUGGGCUGCCCGGAGUUAGCGGAACAUAGGAAACUGCCUUAUAUGGAGUCAGAUCAUUGGUCCAACUUGCUCCGUUUUGUUUACACUGACUGGCAGUGACUCCCCAUUGUUUCAGGCAGGAGCAUCUCUCAUCCCUGGAGAUGCCAGAUUGAACCUGGGACCUGCUGCGUACAAAGCAGAUGAUCCCACUUCUAUCUCUCUCUAUAUAUCACAGAUUCCUUUGAAUUGUGAUAGACAGCGUUAUGCAUAUAACUGCCAAUUUGAUUAUCAGAUGCAUUGUUUCAGGUACUGCAAAUGCUGUGAGUUGCAAGUUCAGGUGGGCAUUUUGUGUAAGUAACCAUAUGUAUGUUAAGGUAUAUCUCAAUGAGUGCUCAAACAGCACAUAAAUAAUAAUAAUAAUAAUAAUAAUAAUAAUAAUAAUAGAAAAAAUAUUUUUUAUUAUCUUUACCUUGCCCAUCUGGUUGGGUUUCCCCAGCCACUCUGGGCGGCUUCCAACCGAAUAUUAAAAACAAUACAGCAUCAGACAUUAAAAACUUCCCUAAACAGGGCCGCCUUCAGUUGUCUUUUAAAAGUAAAAUAGUUGUUUAUUGCCUUGACAUCUGCUGGGAGGACGUUCCACAGGGCAGGUGCCACUACCACCCAAAUGUUACAAAGAUACAGCAGAAAGGUCUACAAGAGACACAGAUGCUUUGUUCUACAGUAUUUAGCAUGAAGUCUUUCCCUAUAUUGCUUUCUGUAUUCUCUGGGAAUAGUAUAGCAAAAACUCAUUUAAUCACAUUGAGCUCGUAGAACUUUUAGAGUUGGUAAGUGCUGCAGUUUCCACAAAUGUAAUUACGUUAUAACACCUUUCAAUGCAACCCCUGUAUAAGCUUCUCAGGAAGUAUGCCCCAUUGAAUUCUAUGGAGCUUUCUUCUGUGUAGAUAUGUACAGUCGUACCUCGGAAGUCAAAUGGAAUCCGUUUGGAAACCAAAGCGCGGCUUCCGGUUGGUUACUGAUUGCGCAGGUGCGCCAGAAACAAUAGUGGAAGCCGUGCCGGAUGUUCAGCUUCCAAAAAGAGUUCGAAAACCGGAACACUCCCAGUUUUUGAUCGUUCAGGAGCAAGACUAUUCGACUCUCAAGGCGUUUGGGAGCUAAGGUACGACUGUAUAGGAUUGAACUAUUAGUUGAUCAGCUCUUAGUUAUAUUGCUGUUGGUUUUCUGCAGUGGCCCCACCACAAAUACAGACAUUAGGACCAGGUGCCAAAUUUAGCAUUUUACUAAGACUACAAAGAUGGGUAAGUGUGUGAGCCUGGUGACUUCAGAAGCCACAAUGUGAAUGGAGGAUUGGGCACGAUUGCCAGUGGCCCAUGGGCAUUUUUAGUUACCAGCAUUGCUCUUGGUCUUCCUGUGUCUAACAGAGGAGGAAUUAAUUGUGCAGACAAAAAUAAGCACACAAUUUAGAAUGUGCAUAAGUAUAUCAGUCUCAGUCAGUCUUGGGUGUAAAAAUGAGCUCAAGUGUAAAACCAGAAUGGAAUAUUCUAAUGUGUUGCUAGCAAGUUAGCAAGCCCAUGCUUAAUUAUCCAGAUAUCAGCGAAGUUUGGGCUUCAGUGCUGUGCCCAUUUACCUGAGAAUAAGUCACAUUGAUCUUUGUGGGAUUGCUUCUGAGUAGACAUAGGAUUGUGCCAUGAAAUGCCCACUGCCAUUAUAGUGGGGCAGGUCCCUGUCAUUGGAUGGAAAGAUGCACUGACCUGUUAUAGUUGCUUCUAAAUGGCUCUUUGUAAAUGUGAAUCUGUGGUGGUCAAUACUUUUGGCAAGGAGAUCCAAAGUUUUAUUUAUUCUUAUUUAUUCUUACAUUUAAAUCCCACCUUUUCCUCAAAGGAGCAGUACACAGUCCUCUCCACACCUCAUUUUACCCACAAACCAACAACCCUGUGAGGUAGAUUAGCCUGAGACAUUGUGACUUGCUCAAGAACACCUGGGGAGCUUCCUGGAUGAAUGGAAAUUUGAACCCUGGUCUCCCAGGGUCUAAUACUCUAACCAACACUGGCUGUUUGUUGGGAUGCACUGCAGGACACGCACAUACCUUGGGACAUCCUGCUACUGUCUAGGAAUUUCGCAGGCUCUCUUUCCUUUUGCCACUAUUGGCCUUCCCAAUCAUUACAAGACGAACAGUUGUGCAGACUGUAGCUUCUUCCUGGGUUUAGCGACAUACUUGGAGGUCAGUAUGGCCAAUCCUUGCUUCUCAAAAGCUGCUUUUUUGUGUAUAGGCAUUCAGAUGUUGAAUUGUUUGAUUUUUCAUAUCCUCCUGGGCUCUUCCAAUAGUUUUUCCUCAGUGUUAGUAGAUAGUGCCAGCGUUGUGCUUGCUUCUCUUUCAGUUUCUUGAGCCUGAGAUGAGAGUGAGGGCAACCAUUCUCAAGCUUAUUUAAUUUAUUUCAGUUUAGACAACAAGAAAGCAGAUUCAGUGUAGCAGUUAGAUAGUAACUAUGGACCAGGGAGGCCUAAAUUAGAAUCCCUGUAGCCCUAAAGUCCACUGGGUGAACCUGAACCGGUCACUAUCUCAUAGCUUCACAUUACCUCUCAGGGUUGUUGUGAAGAUAAAGAGGGCUGGAGGAAAGACAGUGUAUUGCACCCCUGAGUUGCUUGGAGGAAGAGUAAGAUAAAAAUGUUUGAGAGUCCCAAAUACUGCUAGCCUUGGGCAAGUUUUCUUGGACACAUCUUACUCUUCUUUUUCAUAGACUUUUGGGGGAAGGAGCAGGAAUGGAAUUUUGUUUCUCAGCUUCGUUUCUCAGUCUGUGCUCGUUUAGCUCACCCUGUUGAAUACACACCUUUUGCUCCGAUUGGUUUUGUUUGAGGAAGGGUUGUAAUGCUUCAGAAGCACAGCCUUCUGCAAACCACAGGGGCUGGUGAGAUUUCUACCAUAAGAACAUCAUUUUUAACUCUAGGCUGCUGUUGCCACUUCCUUUAUUGUUGUUGUUGUUGUAACUCUAGGCUGCUGUUGCCACUUCCUUUUAUGUUGUUGUUGUUUCAAAGAAUGGCAGAUUCAAGAAUGGCAAAUAAAAAAUGUAAUAAAACAACAACUCCAGAAUGUCAGGAAAUAUGAUAGGUAAACAAAAACGGUGAAGGGUAAAUAGCCAAACAACUGAACAAAACGCAAGAUACAGUAAAAUCCCCUAAAACCUUCUCUCCCUCUGGGAUCAAAUGGCAAAGAAACAAUUUUUUUUUGGCGGGGGGGGGGAAUACAGAUCAGAGUUGUGCUGAAGUGCUCCUAACCUUUUGACGCAAGCACAUUGGAGGAUAUUUGUUGUGCUUGGGAUAGACAGUAUCCAGGAUAUUUCAGGCAAGGCAAUCAAACCACUGAAGAAAUCUGCCAGGCUAGGUUGGCUUGUCUCCAUUUCAAUCUGGAGGUUAAAGUCUCCGCAUCCUUACUGCUGUAUGCCAAAGAGCACAGCGCCUCCUCAAAGGAUGAUGCCAUUGGUAAACAUGCAGCAGCAAAAAAGCUUGAAAGAGCAACAUCUGGUACCAUUUGGCAUGAUUAAGCUAGCGCCCCAUUGAAGAGUGAGCUAGCAUCAGGCCUACGUGUCGUACUUCAAGGUUCAUGGAUGGAAUUCUGCCUGACAAUAGCGCUUCCUGUUUGGAGGUAAAAUUGGCAACUGGUCGUCUUGUCUGUGCCGCUGUGGUUUUAACAGUUGGGCUUCUCAUUGCUUCUCUCAUCGGAUGGGUCCCUUGUGUUGCGAUUAUAUAUGCGUAGCUGAAAAGGCUGAUGGAGUUUGGUCUCUUGGUGCCAGUUUGUCGGGCUGUUACUUACAAAUGCCGUGAACAAUGUGUGUUUCCACUUACAUCCACAAAGCACUGUGGGGUAUGCUGGUGAUGCACUUCUCUUAAAAGGCACUCUUCUUAGCAGCUAAUCCUCUCAUUGCCACUAGCAGAUAUGUUCUGCUUUUCUCCAGGAGGGGGAAAAAGGCUCUGCUGAGCUAAAGCAACCUUGUGCAAAGCUCACAAGAAGCUGAUCCCAAUUAAGUCCGAGGCUGGGGCCAUCUUAAGGCCAGAGUCUGCUCCUGCUUAGUGCUUGUUUCAUGACAGAUCAGCCUUGAGAUGGCAUUCAGUGGUGAGAGUGUUGCAGGGUCUGCAAGGAUUGAAGGAACAGCUUUUGAGACCCUGCAGAGAUCAAUUGGGGACUCUUGCACACUUCUCUUACUGAUUAUAGUUGUAGGAGAUGUGGAGGGAGGCAGGCAGGCAAUACAACUGAAUUGGGAAGUACCAUAUAGUUCUUGCAACUAUAGGACAUUAUGGAAAGGGUAGCAUGCUUUCUCUUUCACCACUCUGCCCCUCCCCCUUUCAAGAGUGGCCUGGUAUUGGGUAGGGGUGCCAUUUUGGGCUUCUUUUUAUGUCUACAAGUGCUUUUCUUUUAGUGGCCGGUGGUCUGCAGUUCUAAAAGUAUGGUAUGGUGACCUGCAGUGCAAUUAGGAGUUGCCGUUGAGUGGUUUGUUGUAUGUUUUUAAUGGACAGUGUUUUAUGUAUUCUUGUUUACUUGCUUUUAUUAUAAACCGCCCUAUGCAAGGGGCAGUAUUUAUAUCAUCUAGAUAAACAGUGUCAAAAUACAAGUCACUCUAGAGUUAGCUUUUUUGACUAGUCAAAACUUCCUUUAGUCAUUUGACCCAUCAGUGAUGGUUAAAAGUCAAGCAUUUGGGUUGAAUGUGGUGUUUGUUCUUGGAGCAGACCCAUUGAAAUUAAUGGACGAGAUCUAGAGGGUCUACUCUGAGUAAAAGCUUGGAUACAACCCUUAAUUAGAACACUAACAGGGAACAGAAAGAAUGGGGGGAAACUGCCAUCUACCAGAUGUUUCAUAGUGUGAUGUCAGGUCACAUGGAGGUGUGUCCUCUCUACAACUAACGUAUUGAGGAAGGUCAGGGAUGGAGAACCUGGAGUCCAGCAACAUCUGGAGGGCUACAGCUCCUAUCAUCCCUGAUCAUUGAUUAUACUGGGCUGAUGGGAGUUGGAAUCUGACAAAAUUUGGAGGGCCAAAGGAUUCCUAUCUCUUGGCUAGGUAGAAUUGUUGCUUCAUUGGGAAAUGGGGGGACGGACCCCUGCUUCUAAAAUGCAGGUAUAAGCAAAUGAUCCAGACUCCAGAGGCACACAAUAGCUCUUGCCACUUACCCAGACCAACUCUUUUAAUAUAUUUUUAACUUUAUGGAAUAUUUGAAGCUGUCAAUUGCCUGAGUAAGUUCCUUUGCUGCCUGCAGAAUCAUCUGUAGCACCAGCCACUUGUUUCAUGCACGACAACAUCAAACUGUCUAAUAUGGAUAGGGAUUUCCGUUGUCUGUUUGUAAUGGCAUCUCUUUCCUGUAUCCAUACCCACUUCUGGUCUCAAGUUACAGCCUCUUUGUGAUGUUGGGCUGGAGUGUAGAUAGAGCUUUUCCUCAAAAGGUGGGCAGAGGAGCCAGUUGGCUGAACACAGAGUAGCUCAUUUCACACAUGGAUUGGUUUAGACCAGGAUAUAGGGGUCUUUAUUUUCAGCAGUUUUCACAAGUGAUGAAAAAAGCAGCAGUUCAGCUUCCCUCAUUCUGUAAUUAGAAGAUUGUAUGCAUUUGAUUUGACGUAAAAAUUAUUCCCUUCUACUAUUCAUUUAGUGUCUCUUGGGGACGUGCCUUGAUGUGCAGUGUCUCAAAAAGCAAUAUUCAAGCUUGUAAAAUCCUGUGAAGAAUUCUUGAACAAUGGUUGAAAAGGUAAAAGAAUUCCUUUUCUGGGAGUGGGGGACACAGAUCCACGUCUUUAUUUUCUGUUCUUAUUUUGCAGGCCAUCCUUCUUAUUAAAAUGGCCAGAACAUUAGGCUAGAUGGGUAUUUUCUUUACUACGUCUUCAUUUAUGUGACGUCUAGGUCACAUUAGAGAAUUUUGUGCUUGUGGGCUUUCCCCUGAAAUUAUUUACAAUUCAGUUUUACAGUUCAGUUGCAUAUUUCUAAUUGGAAGUAAGCACCAUUGAAGUCAGUGGGACUUAUUCCAGAUGCACCCUUCUCUAGUUUCUUUUUCAGAGACCACAGUUUGCCAUUGCGUUUCAGCAGGCAAAUUAUGGUUUGCAUGAUCCUUCCUAGCCAUGGUUUGAUCAUGGUUUGCAAUCCUGAUUUGGAGGAUUUGCACAAAAGCCAAAGUAACUGAUUGAAGCAUGAGAAGUAGAGGGUGGAAGGAGCAUGUGAACUCAAGGCUUAUUCAUGUUAUAUCAGACCAUGAACUUCAGAGGACUUGGUGCAUCUUAUCAUAAUGCUUUUACAGCUCUUUCAAAAUUCAGGCUGAAAUCCUGUUUUAAGAUAGACUGGCAUAGCCAAUGGCUAACUUGUAUUUUUGCUCUGGGGUUGUUUGUUUUUUAAAUUGCCGUGUUGUGGAUGAGAUCCUAAGAUGGGCUGAGGCAUGCUUAAAUUUAGGCUAACCAAAAUAGAUCAUUCAGACAUCAGUCGCAGCACUUGCUUUCUGCCUUCCGCUCCAACCAUUUCUGAUGGCCAGAUUAUAUGUAGAAUGCUUCCCGGCCCCCUCCCUGCAGGCUCUUUCCUCUAAAUUCAAAAUGACAGUAGAAAUUCAGCUCAAAUCCAUGUGAAAAAUGGCUUGUUGAAUGAUGAUGAGGUUAACUGCUGCUGCACUUGGCUGUCAUCUCAAAAUAUUCACACAUGCGACUGCUGGGAGCUGAAGCCUGAAGAGUAGUGCUUUUAUGCACAGAUGGCAGUAGUAAGCAGCUCAUGAGUACAGCAAAAAAUAAUAAUAACUGAAGGCUGGUAUUUCAGUAGGGUAGCAGAACGCAUCUCAGUGUACAGCUGUCAGCUGAAAUUCUGAUUCUUAGUUACUCAACAGAAGACUGUUGAAGACGAAAUAGCAGUUCUAAAGUUUCCAAAAAGCAAAUUAUGUGGUAUGUUUAAGAUUCCAUGUAUGCUGUGAAAUAGUGAGGCUUCUCACAGUAUGAGACAGGGAUGUCAACUUGUCCCUAGCUUAAUUUUGAUGUGUCUUGAGUGCAUCAGAAAACAGAGGCUUGCCUGAUGAUAUAAUCUGAGUAGGAAAGAACUUUCCACUUUCUGCCCUUGGAUGAUGUAGCAUAGCAGCUCAGGGUGUGGACUAGGAAGGUUCCGGUUCAUGCCUUGACAUAACUGCGAAUCUACUAGGUGACCUACGCUCAUAUGUACUAAAUAUGUGGGUGAUGAGAAUGGGCUGCCAGGUAGGACUAUGACUGGAGUGACAAUAUAUUAGGUAUUGGUUUUUAGAGGUAAGGGUGGAACCCAACGUAGCACAAGCAGACCGCUGCUCAUGUAACAGGACUUCACCUUUCUCCUCCUCCCUGCAGCUUUCCUGCCCCACAAUGUGCCUCCAAACUAUUCUCUGGAGGGUCACAGGGGAAGGAGAGGAAUGUGAAGUCGUGUUCUGUGAGUGGAGGCUCGUUCCAGGUGUUGGUAACAACUGGAGUACAGUGGUACCUCUGGUUACAAACUUAAUUUGUUCCGGAGGUCCGUUCUUAACCUGAAACAAUUCUUAACCUGAGGUACCACUUUAGCUAAUGGGGCCUCCUGCUGCCGCCACGCCGCCGGCGCGCGAUUUCUGGUCUCAUCCUGAGGUAAAGUUCUUAACCCGAGGUACUACUUCCGGGUUAGCGGAGUCUGUAACCCGAAGUGUUUGUAACCUGAGGUGUUUGUAACCUCAGGUACCACUGUAUCUGCAAUGGUGUAAAAAAAAUAGUUCAGGAAAGCAGUAUAUUACUGUUUUUUAAAAGAUUUUUUUUAAAGUUGGGCAUCCAGUGCUGAAGGAGGACACAGGUUCACCCUUGGAACCCCUAAUCUUGUAGGAAAAAAUUGUGGCAUUGUGGGUGUGGAAUGACUCCCCAUUUGUCAUCGUCCAACCCCCUGCAAUGCAGGAACCAUGACAGAUAGCUUAUUCAACCUCUACUUAAAAACUUCUAAUGGAGGAGAAGCCACAACGUCCCGAGGGAGUCCGUUCUCCUGUCAGAAAUGCUCUUCCUGAUAUUUAUUCGGAAUCUCCUUUCUUAGAGUUUGAAUCCAUUGGUUUGAGGGUGAGACUGUGAAGAUGGAAGCCCUCCAACUGGGAGGAAGGCAGCAUAUGGCCCUGUUGUAGGACACGGCUGUUGUGUCCUGGCAAAGGAUGCAGCCUGAUUCUGUUUUGAAAGAAACAUACUCUGCCUCUGUUUUUUCAGCUUCUUGUUAUGCUUCAGGCAGAAUUUAGUAGAAGCUUUUCCUGAUAGAAUUACAUUUCUAGGCACUGCUGGUAACCCAGGAACUCUUAGUUUAUGGACACCUGCUUCUUAAGAAACUUGGUGCUUCAUUGACCUACUCCUUGGUAGAGCUUAAAGCCCUCUAGGCCAGUAGCCUUCAGUGUUUUCAGUCAAGGGAUCCACCUUUAACUGAAACAUGCAUUUGGGGACUCCUCUUUUUAAAAUCAUAUAUUUGUAUGGUUUCUCCUCUUCCAUAGCUGUAGCCCUGCCAGGAGAUAGUUUCUGCGUACAGAAAGAGGCUAUAUCCCAAUCACUUACAGAAUUCCUGUUGUGAAUGUACUUUUCAUUGUGACAAUAGGUGUUGUUCCUCCUUCUGCCCCAACUCACCUUUUUCCUCCAGCAGCUGGUGGGAAAGUCAUGAUCCAAACAGGAAAACAAGAAGCAACAUGAGAAAUAAUUAUUUUUGCGAGGCUCAACCUUCCCUAGCCUUUUAACGUUGGCUGUCCUUUAUAAAAAACACUUACUGGGUUUCCCAUUUGACUCUGUCCCUCCUUGUUUGUCUUCCUUAGCUGUAUACUAAGUGUUGGUUUUACUAUAUGCGCAUUUCUUUAUUGUGUUUCUAAAAUUUAGAGUCUAAGUCUUGGAGAAUAAAAUAGGAACCUCCCCUCCAAAGUUUAAGGAGCCUCAUCUUCUCAUGUUUGAGAAUAUGUUAUCAGAGAGGCUGUAUUUUUGUCAUCUGUUUUGGACAGGCAGUAUGGUGUAGUGGAUAAUGCGGGGUGAAGAACCUCCAGAUUUUGGACUCCAGUUCCCCUCAUCCCUGAUUAUUGGUUAUGCUGUCAGAGGUUGAUGAGAGUUGGAGUCAAGCAACAUCUGGAGGACCAUAGAGUCUCCACCCCUUGGAUAGAGUACUGGACUGGGACCAAGGAAAACAGGUGCAAUCCUUGUUCUGCCACGAGGCUCAUUCUGGCUUUUUAGAUACUGUCCCCUGAAAUAUUCAGUGAUAACAUGUGGUGGGAUAUUCUGGAGUGGAUGGGAGGCUUAUCUCCCAGCUGAAUUGACAUCGCAUGUUUGUUAAAAGGAUAAAAUAUGGAGGGUUGAAGGGGGAGAACCAUGUCUGUCAAUGUGAAUUCCUUGGAAGAAAGGCGGAAUUUAAACAGUGAUACAUUGAUUAAAGAAAGCCAUCAUAAGUUGUUGUUUUUUUAACAAUGCAAACUCUGAACCUGUUUUGUUUAAGGUUGAAAGGGGAGAAAGAACCACCAACAGCUCAGCUAGGAAAUUCUUGGAUUUUAUUACUGUGCCCUGAUGGUUGCAGUGUAACGGUAUUGAGCGCCCGCAUUCUCUGGAGCUCGGAGAAUUGGAAUCUCAGGGCACCUGUUUCAGAAAUGUUUCUACAGUGGAAUUGUUCGGCAGUUUCCAUGGCAAUAAACUUGCCUCGUGGAACGGGUACAAUGGCACUCCACAUUUAGAUCAGCCGCUUUCGGCACUGCUUUUCAAAACCUUAAACUUCAUUUUGGUCAAACCACCCUAAGGAUUGUAAGAGCCUGUGCUUGUCACAGUGCAGACUGACUCGCGGUCUCACAGGCCACGGCGGUGCCCUGUUAAGGACACGGAUGCCCUUAAAGGAAAAAAGAAUGCUCCAGGCCUUCCGUCUGCGUACCUGGUUUCUUUGACAGAUCAAUAAGCCUUCAGUGCUGCUUACACAAGAUUAAUAGCACAUGUUGUAAAGGUACAAAGCUCAAUAGCUUUAUUUCCUGCAGACCUAGGCACUUACAAAGGGAGCGUAAAAGUGAUUGAUAGCGAUGCAGCUUGGAGAAUGUAAAAAUGUCUUGCCGCUGUCAUGUUGCAAUGUUAGAUAGCUUGCAAGUGGGGACUUGCAAAAAACUUCUGGGCAGGGGCGAGGCAAAGAGGAGAUGCUUUCCCCCUUUUAGCUAUUCCUCCCACCACCCAUGUGCGCUUCGUGCCUCUGUGGGGACCACCACUGCAGCUCAUUGGCUGGCGCUGUGAUGCAUACGGCUCAAGGUUCGGCUGCAUGGAGAAAGCCUUGGUUGUCUCACUGCACAAGCCGGGAAGCGUCAUCCUUGAACAACGGGGCUGCGGUGGGGUCCCUAGGCAUGGAGCCAGUUCUGGGACAGCUGCUUGAACGUAAGAAGAUCCCUGAUGAAUCAACCCAGUGGCCCAUCUAGUUCAGCAUCCUGCGCUCACAGUGGCCAACCAAAUGCCUGUGGGAAUCUCACAAACAGGACCUGAAUGCCACAUCACUCCCCCCUCCUGGGGUUUCCAGCCACUGAUAUUCAGAAGCAUGACUGCCUCCAAAAAGUGGAGGUCAAACUAGUGAAGCUAGUAGCCAUUGAUAGUCUUACUUUCCAGGGAUUUAUUUAAUCCUCUUUUCAAGCCAUCCAAGUUGGUGGACUGCCUCUUGUGGGAGUUAAUUCCUGUUGAUCUAUGCACUGUGCGGAGACGUGCUUUCUUUUGUCCUAAAUCUUCCAACCUUCAUGAGUUACAGCGUUAGGAGAGAGGGAGCAAAACUCAUUUCUUCAUGACAUGCGUACAGUACUGUUAACUUCCAGGAUCAUGUUGCCUCCCGAUUUGAUUCAAGUAUGUUCACACAUAGACCUUUAUGCCAGGGCUGGUGAUCCUGUGGCUUGUCAGAUGAUCUUGGACCCCCAUGUUCCAUCAUUCUCAGCGAGCAUAACCAGUGGUGACGAUGGACAUUGUAGUCAACAACAUCUAGAGGGCCGCAGGGUUCCUACUGCUGCUUUAUGCAGACAUCUACUUGGGUGGGGGGAGGUUAUUGCCUUUGUUUGUUACAAUGGUAUGCAUUUUUGUGGUUUUUAUCUUGUAAAUCGCCCUGCGAUGCUCGGAUGAAGGGUGUUGUAGAAAUUCCAUAAACAAUAAAUAAAUAAUCCGAGUGAAAAUGGUGGGUUGGAGCCUCCUGCUGCCAUCCUUCUCACUAGACAAGUUCACUAUUCCCAGUUUGUCAUGUAACAGGAUCAAUUUGUGUUGCCCCUAAUGUUUUUUAGGGGGCUAGAUGGCUCUGCCAAAUUAAUUCCAAGCAAAAGGUUCCAGUUUAAGUUGAAAGUUGUAAUUUAGCCGAUUUAAAACGCAUGCCACCAGUGCAGGGGCUGGGGCGAUUAAUAAGAAAUCGUAUGAACCUCAUAGGAGAGUUCUAGGGAUUCGAGAUUGGGAGAACACUCUGGCAGGCAUCCAUCACCUCUGACUCUCAGGCUACAGGGGCUGUUUUCUUCACGUUGAGCUGAACUCUGUUUCCAGUAUUUGCUAGCUGUGUGCGCAGUGUUAGAAACUCAGAUACAUAAACUAGGCGCCAAAUGGCUUGUUAAACCAAGAUUGCAGUUGCCAAAACAGAAUGCCUAGCUGCCAUUUUGGGGUCAGAUGGCUUGAAAGUCAUAUUUUUCAAUAUGACUUUUUGGUUCCUGAAAUUCAUUCUGAUCGUGCAGAUAAAAUAUAAUGGAUAGAAUUCUACAGUAUUUGUUGCUAGUGUGUGAAAACAGCCAGGAUCCAAAGAUCAGCAGGCAUGCAUCUCCGGUGGAGACUUCAGGUGCCAUCCUGGCGCCUGGGCAUCUUCACUUGGUUGCAAGUGGCCAAUAGCCAGGCACAAAAUGCUUAACAUUGAGAGACUACUUCAGUGAUUGGUGGCCAUGACUGGGAAAGUGACAUCGUUUCUAUGGGAAUGCACAAGCACAUCCUAUGACAGCGUUGCAUACCAAUUGCCUGUUUCAUUUAACAGGGUAUUUGAGCAGAAGGUUAAUCCUCAUCAAAAAAAUACCGUAUUUUUCGCUCCAUAGGACGCACUUUUUCCCCUCCAAAAAUGAAGGGGAAAUGUGUGUGCGUCCUAUGGAGCGAAUGCAGGCUUUCGCUGAAGCCUGGAGAGCGAGAGGCAUCGGUGCGCACCGACCCUCUCGCUCUCCAGGCUUCAGGAAGCUAUCCGCAAGCCUUGCAAGCCCGGUGGGAGUUCCCGCGGGCUCACAAGGCUUGCAGGCAGCAGCCUGCAGCCCGGCGAGUGUCCGCAAGCCUUGCGCGCCCGGCAGGAGGUCCCCCCUAGCCCGCGAGGCUUGGGGCAGCAGCCUGUCGCCCGAAGCACGGGGAGCCCUCCGGCGGGCUCCCCGUGCUUGGGCGAGUGUCUGCAAGCCUUGCGCGCCCGGCAGGAGGUCCCGCCCAGCGCGCAAGGCUUGGGGCUGCAGCUAGUCGCCGAAGCACGGGGAGCCCUCCGGAGGGCUCCCCGUGCUCGGGCGAGUGUCUGCAAGCCUUGCGCGCCCGGCGGGAGGUCCCGCCCAGCGCGCAAGGCUUGGGGCUGCAGCAUGUCGCCCGAGCACGGGAGCCCUCCGGAGGGCUCCCGUGCUUCGGGCGAGUGUCUGCAAGCCUUGCGCGCCCGGCGGGAGGUCCCGCCCAGCGCGCAAGGCUUGGGGCUGCAGCUGUCGCCCGAGCACGGGGAGCCCUCCGGAGGGCUCCCCGUGCUCGGGCGAGUGUCUGCAAGCCUUGCGCGCCCGGCAGGAGGUCCCGCCCAGCGCGCAAGGCUUGGGGCUGCAGCUUGUCGCCCGAGCACGGGAGCCCUCCGGAGGGCUCCCGUGCUUCGGGCGAGUGUCUGCAAGCCUUGCGCGCCCGGCAGGAGGUCCCGCCCAGCGCGCAAGGCUUGGGGCUGCAGCUUGUCGCCCGAAGCACGGGGAGCCCUCCGGAGGGCUCCCGUGCUCGGGCGAGUGUCUGCAAGCCUUGCGCGCCCGGCGGGAGGUCCCGCCCAGCGCGCAAGGCUUGGGGCUGCAGCUUGUCGCCCGAAGCACGGGAGCCCUCCGGAGGGCUCCCGUGCUUCGGGCGAGUGUCUGCAAGCCUUGCGCGCCCGGCGGGAGGUCCCGCCCAGCGCGCAAGGCUUGGGGCUGCAGCUUGUCGCCCAAAGCACGGGGAGCCCUCCGGAGGGCUCCCCGUGCUUCGGGCGAGUGUCUGCAAGCCUCGCGCGCGAUGCUUGGGGCGGUAGCCUGCAGCCCAAAGCACGCGAGGCUUGGGGCGGCAGCCGCGGGGGGGGGAUUUUUUUUAUUCAUUCCCCCAAAAACGAGGUGCGUCCUAUGGACCGGUGCGUCCUAUAGAACGAAAAAUACGGUACUUAAUGAAACCUGCUCUUCUGCUUGGCAAUUAGUUCAGCUUGAGCAGAAUAUGUGACUCUUGAGUUGGCUUUCCAGAAAAGAAAAUCUGCUCUCGCUAUGAUUACCUUUGCUAGAUUCCUUGACCCUCGUGAGGACUGAUCUCCAUGUAGUUGACAUGUUAUGUUUCUGUGUUGCUUUUCCAUUAGAGCAAGUCCAUUUCCUAACCCUAUAGUUAAGGUAAAAAUUAAAUUUCAAAUCCUCUACUUUAUUCUUGUUUUGAGCAAGUAUGCAGGACAAAGUACAUGGGAUGUCUUAACGUCUCUUUGAUUCAUAUCUCCUGGACCUGCUCUUAUUCUUCUUAAUUUUAUUAGUAUAUUUAGAUUGUCUGGACGUGGUGUCAAACUUUGGGCAGUGGAAUGCUUCAAUUAUUCAUGUUUGGCUCUGUCCCCUGUCUUUCUUGGGAAACUACCUGCUAGUUGAACCGAAUGAUCUGUUCUAAAUGAGGCUCUUGGAAUCUGUAUUUUCAGGUAGUGCUGAAGAUCAUCAAGCAUUACCAGGAAGAAGGCCAGGGCAAUGAAGUGGUCCAGGGUGUGCUGCUGGGGCUAGUGGUGGAAGACAGGCUCGAAAUCACCAACUGCUUUCCGUUCCCCCAGCAUACAGAGGAUGACGCCGACUUUGAUGAAGGUAACAAUUCACAAUAAUCAUGUUUAAAGUCUCGCUCUGGGGCUAUCAUGCCUGCUGAAAACACUGUAAAUUGGAGACCAUAUGGGAGAAGGAACCUACCACUAAUAUGUUCUGUUAGGUAGGUUCUCCUUGGGUAAAUAAGUGUCUUUAGUACAGGGGUAGCCAAUGUGGUGGCCGUCAAAGUGGAGCUGGGACUCCAACUCCCAUAAGGCCCAGCCUGCACGACCAGUGGUCUGGAAUGAUGGGAGCUGUAGUCCCGCAGCAUCGGGAGAACACCCCAUUGGCUGCCCCUGCUCUGUUUGAGAGGUAUAUGUAAUGUAAGGCAGGGACAGGUAGAAAACCACACCAAGGUCCUCUGGUGUAUCGCUGGUCCAUUCUGUUGUGCUGCCUGCUGGUUAUUGGGCCACUUGAAAAGCAUGUUGGAUUGGGUGAAGCUUGGUCCAGAAGGAAUUCUUUUGUUUUUAGCAGGGUUGGGGGGGGCAGGAAGAGGGAGCAAGCAUCAAAGAAAUGGCAACAAGAAGAAGGCAAUCUCCAGCUCUUCUGGUAAUGCACUGUUUAUUUAGCCCAAUGCAUUUUGGAGAAGUCUCCUUCAUCAGAAGCUGUAUGAACAGUUCAGUUGUUUCUUCUUCAUUAAAUUGGUAUAUUACCCCUGAAAGGUAGAUUUCAGGGCGGUUCACAACAUAAAACAACAACAACAUAAAAUUACAAUAUAUAUAAAAAAGUAAUAAAAAUAAGAACAAAAACAAACCAAUAACACAACACAUUUAAAAGGGCACCUGAUGUCUAUCAGCCAAAGCCCUGGUUGAAGAGAUGUAUAACGAAGGCACCAGCUGGACCUUCCUGGGGAGAGCAUUCCACAAACAGGGAGCCACUGCAGAAAAGGCCUGCUCUGAUGUUGCUUCCCUCCAGACCUCUCAAAGGGAAGGCACAUGAAGAAGGGCCUCAGAGGAUGAUCUCAGUUUCUUAGCUCCAACAAUAUCUAUAUCCGUAUGGUAGUAUUGCCAUGAGAUCAGAGUUGUCUGUGGAAACACAACAAGAACAUUUGUUAAUCGUUGGAUGAACAAAUCUGGAGGAGCCCUCCAGAUGUUGGAUACCCUAGGUGGACAAGUGGUGGGCAGAGCCAGAAGUGUUCUGCUUCAGUUUCUACCAUAACCACCUCAGUUUAGAAGCCAUGAAUUCACAAGAUGGCUUUAGGUAAGUCUCAACCUUAGUUGCUGCCCCGACCUAUGGGGCUAAUACUGUUCUACUUUACUUAACUGCUAUAAUUGUUAUUGAAAUAAAGAAGGUAUGGUGUGUUAUAAAUACUAUUAUUCCUUAUAAAUUUUGUACAUUUUGAGCUUUGAAGUGCCAAACGAUAAAUAUAGGUGGCAUUUACAAAGAAAAUUCAUAUUGCUGUUCUAAAGAUCUGGUUAACUUUGCUUAUACCUGUUAAUUUAAAAAAAGCUAGCAUUUUAUAUCUUGUUCCUAAAUCAGAAAGCAUUUGCGUCUUUCUUAGUAUCUCUGUGGACCAUUGUUCUUCUUUGCUAAAAAUUAUUGUUACUCCAACACAAUCAGUUUCCCUACUGUGUUGUGUCUUGUAUCUAAAUUUAUCUCCUGGGCUCUGAUAAAUUCUUAACUCAAGGUUUUCUAGCAUAAGCUGAGAAAAUCACAUACAUAAAAACUGUAAAAAUUAGGGGUGGGUAUCUUGUUUGACACCGAGAAAUACAUUCCAAAUGUGCCAUUGCCUAUUAAAAUAUGCCUCUGCAGUCAAGAGGAUUUGUGACUUCUCAAAAAAAUGAAAGCUGCAUGCUUUCAGAUUCUGUCUUGGCCUUGAAGGCCCUAGAAAAGUAUCAGCAGGGUAACCAAUCCCAUUUCAGCCGGGUAGGCAUGCACCGCAGUACAAUGGUACCUCGGGUUACAGACGCUUCAGGUUACAGACUCCGCUAACCCAGAAAUAUUACCUCGGGUUAAGAACUUUGCUUCAGGAUGAGAACAGAAAUCGUGUGGCAGCAGCGGGAGGCCCCAUUAGCUAAAGUGGUGCUUCAGGUUAAGAACAGUUUCAGGUUAAGAAUGGACCUCCGGAAUGAAUUAAGUACUUAACCCGAGGUACCACUGUACUGUAAUUCAGCCCUGGGUUCCUAAUGUGCAGCUUUAUGUAAAAUCUAAGCAUCUCCUAUUCAGAUUUCAGCUCCGUGCAGAUACUUUGGAUUGCUCUUUCUUCCUAUUGGCAAAUGGUUAAGAAUAAGAUAGAUGAUGACGAUCCCUAAAAUCGCUAGGGGCAAACAUUGCAAGUCAAGCGGCCUGCCCCCAGGCUUGCAGGCUCAGGGUAGAAAUGGGGCAUGUUUGGGGGGAAAGCAGAGCAAAAUGAAGCGGCCAGAUGUGUCUCAGGGAGGCACUUCAGUGUAAUAAUAACAUUCAGUGUCAGGUGGAGGAGCAAUUGUAAUGUAGGAAGGACUCUGCUAGGGAGAAGGGAUUUGGGAGAGAGGAGUACAGAGGGCAAUCUUAGGUGCAAGCAGAAGGUUGUACCUGCCUUAGAGCAAAUAUUGUGAGGAGCAGCAUAUGGGGGAUGGGGAAGGGAGGGUAGAUUGGAAUGAUUGAGAAGUUUGAAAGGAAGGACUAAGGCUGGUAGCCAAUGCACAUGCUCCAUUAGCAUAAAGAUUUCUGCAUACUCAACAUAACUCCCUCCACUUUUAAAUAAAAUAAAUAAAUAAACCUUUAUUGUCACUACACCACCUGUGUGCAGUGAAAUUAAACGAGCCCCCCUGCCAUACACUCAGUUUUGUUCGCACUCUGUGUGCCUGUCGGAAGUCAAUUGCGCCACUAUUUUUUCCCCAUUUUCUACACACAUGUGCUGCGCCUUCCCCAAAUCUGCUCUGAAGGGCUUGGAGAAAUCUGGGAGGACAGAUUUUGGAGGCUUGUGGGAAGAGGAAGGAGAGGGGAAGUUCCACUGCACAGCCAAAAAUCCUUGUGCUGUUGGAAUGAUUUCUCUGAAUAGCACCCAAGUAGCUUAACCUUCUUGAACUCUCUGCCUAGGCAGUCGCCUUGGUUGUACUGUUUACAAGGCCUGCUAAAAACUUCUCUCUUUAGGCAAGCCUACCUGCCACAUGUAUAUAACUGUUGGUUUUAUCUUUAUUUUGAUAAUUUUGUUUUUGUCUACUUGUUUCCAAAGCCCAUUGAUUUUACUGGCACUCUCCUAGGAGUGUUAUGUAUCAUUUUUGUAAACCACUUGGGUUUUGUUUUAUUAAGCAGAAUCUGAAUCUCGGUAGUGUAUUUAUUUAUAUAAGCUGAGAAGAGAGGAAGACAGUGAAGAGAACUUGUAGCACCUGGCAGUAUCUGUGUGCAUGCUCACACUUGGAGAAGACAAACUCCCUUGGCAAUGGGGAAGGGGGGGUAUCUGCAUGUGAGGCAGAAAAUAGAAAUGCUUUGAGGCAGAAAGCAUUAGCAAAGCUCCAGCUGUACACUGGGGGGUGGCAAAUCUGUGUUCCAUCCUCCCGGUUGAUGUUGCUGUAUUCCAACUCCCAUCAGCACCGGCCAGCAUGCUCAGUGAUCAGGGAUGAUGGAGCCACAGCAUUUGUUGACUCCGGGCUCUCGGUUCCUGCUGUAUGCACUUAUCACUUUCGAUCCUGGCACUUACGAAAGUAGCCCGAGCAACUUCAGAAUGCUUGGAAAAAUCAAAGCAAACCUUCCAUACGUUUAUAGUAAAAUUGUUCACGUGGCAAAAGUCUGCAUGUUCACAUUGAGCCACUAUUUCUUUUUAAUUAUGGUUUGAUGUGAGUGUGCAAACCGUCCCGUUUCAAUCUUAACAGUGCAAUCUGAAUUGUUAAGGUUGCAUCAGACAUGUAAGUGGAACAUGUUUCUAGACCACAGAGCCAUACCCUUCAUUUUGGGGCAUGAAAUAACACUUCAGGUACAGAACUAAAUCAAAAAUUUCAUACAGAAGCAGAUCUAUAGGCCUUACCAUGUAGAGAUAGAGGUUGAAAAAGAGAAAUGGGUACUUAAAAAGGGGGGGGUUACUGGGGGGAGAGGAGGUCAUGGCUCCACUUUUUGAAUCCAGAAAUGUCUGUAGGCAAGCUUUGCUGGUUUUUAAAUUCUCCCCAUAUCCCGAGGACUGCUAACUUGCCUGAUGGGAAGUGGGCAGAGAUGAAUGUGAAGGAUGCUGAAGUCCUCAGGAGCACAAAUGCUUAUGAGGUGCUAACUUUGUAAUGCAGUUCUGUGUCUGUUCUGUUCACACUGCCUUUUAGAGCUCUUGAGCAGCGAGUCUUUUAUAUAAACUGAGAUUAGACUUUGCAAGAAAAACCCUUCUACUCCAUUUGAUGGUGAUCUUAGGAACUGUACUGUUAAAACUAUCAUCUCUGAGAAAUGAAUCAUCUAUUCAGAUGAAUCAUCUCCUCCGACACUGCUCUCCCAAGACCCCAAACCCACAUUGGCCUGAUUAUUAAGUGAGCACUUGUCUCUCCAAAACUGUAGAAAACUCCUACAAGGAACUAGAUUUAAAGCUUUUGUAACUGUAAAACAGGGGUAGCAGCCAGUGUGCGGUACCCGGAUUUGGUCGGGCUGCAACUCUACCAUCCCUGACCCUUGGCUAACUCUGGAUGGAGUCCAGCAGCAGCUUACGGAGAGGGAUAGCCCAUGUUGUCUAUUCCUAUGUUAAAAGCACACUGCACUCAAUGCAGGACAGUGAACACUUAGGUUGCGAACGUGAUCCAUGUGGGAUGCAUAUUCGCAACCCGCAGCGGCGCGUCUGCGCAUGCACGGGUUGCGAUUUGGCGCUUCUGUGCAUGCACAAAGUGCGAUUUAGCGCUUCUGCGCAUGCGUGACCCCCGAAACCCGGUACUUCCGGGUUUUGGCGGGUCGGUAACCCGAAAAAACGCAACCUGAAGCGUCUGUAACCCGGGGUAUGACUGUAAAGGCCACCACUCAAUGGUGUGGUGUUGUCCUCUUUAUCCUGCAGUCUUAAAUUAACACUGUGCUGGCGAUUGUGGCUUGUACCUGUAAAUAGCUGCUCUCAGAUUGGAAAGGUUAAGUGUAGUAGUCUAUAAGGAAGGCAGUGGUUUCUCAGGUACUUGGGGCCUGUUUCUUAGUGAUGUCUGUCCAUUCUUGGUGUGGCUCUGUGGUUUGGAAGACAGCCUGCUGCACAUGCAUGGCCAAUACAGUGGUACCUCAGGUUACAGACUCCGCUAAGCCAGAAAAAGUGCCUCGGGUUAAGAACUUUGCUUCAGGAUGAGAACAGAAAUUGUGUGGCGGCAGCGGGAGGCCCCAUUAGCUAAAGUGGUACCUCAGGUUAAGAACAGUUUCAGGUUAAGAACGGACCUCCAGAACGAAUUAAGUUCUUAACCCAAGGUACCACUGUACUAGGCUACCCCAUGGAGGCUUUCGUUGUGGUUUUCCAAAUAACCAGAUGCCAAACAGGUAUUCUUCAGCUUUUCAUCUGCUGAUUGUGAACCCUUUGGGGUAUAAGGAGUCAACUCUCACUGUGAACUUGCCAAAGAGAGCGGGAAUGAGAUUUAUCAGCUCUGUGAAUUUCCUCAGACAGAGCAGACAAUAAAUCUAGAACAAACAAUAUAAUUCUUCAUUUAAACUUUUAUCUUUUAUGUUGUUAACGGAAAGGCUUUUCUGUGGGGCUUCAAAAGCAUAUUACUUUGAAUUAUUUUCUCACAUGCCUCCAUUGGGAUCUUUUCCCCUCAAGAUGAAGGCUCAUCUGCUACAAUUCCUUUUACUUGACAAGCUACAAAAUAAAUCUAUUUCGGGCAAUUAAGCAAGGCUGUUAUAAGAACUGAAAGGAAAAUUGAGACAAGGUGGGGUUGUUUUUUUUAAAAUGGGCUGUUUAUUAAAAGCCCCAUUAGGGGGCACUGUUACCCAGCUUAAAACCAGUCGCGUCUCAUUUGUGUAUGCUGGCUGUGUUAGGAGUGAGGCUCGCAAACGGGUGCCGGCAGAGCGGGGCGGGAAAAGGAGAGCUAUUUUCAUUUGCUAAGGUUCGACUACUGUUUUAUACAACCAGGUUCUGUAAGCAUGAUACACAGCGCAUUGAUUUAAAUAUCUGUCCUAUAAAUUUGCUGGCUGUCCUUUCAGGCAAACUCUGCUAGCUUAGAAAGCGCAGGUGGUUAAGGUAAUCUCUGCAAACCAGUGUGCAUUUAUCUCAGAACUCUGUGUAAAACCCAACACAGUUUUUCCACUCUGCGCUAAUAAACCCCUUUAGGGACAGACCAUGGGUUCAUCAGACGCCACCUGUUCCUCCGCAAAUGAAUAACCACUGUAAUUUCCAUCUUGCUUCAGUCUCAAGAUCUUACCUUAGCAUUACCUUACCUUACAGUUGUACUGUAUCAUCGCAAGCUGAACGAAACCUAGUGGUGGGGAAGGGCUGUAGGGUUGGUGGUUUAGUGCGCCUGGCUGCUAACCAGAAGGUUAGCGGCUCAAGCCCACCCAGGGAUGGUGGUGGGCAGGAUUCCUGCACUUCAGGAGGCUGGACUAGAUGACCCUUGGGAUCCCUUCCAAUGCUGACGAUUCUGUCAGAGGAUAGUAGAAACACAGGACUCUGCCUUUUACUGUAUGAAAUCAUCGGCAGUGUUCAAAAUUAGCCAGGCACAUUUUGCAACUGAUGUGGGUCCAAUGCUGACCCUGUGCCACAUUGGCGACUAACAUCUCCAUCUGCCUGGCCCCUCCAGCUUUCUUAAGCAGGUAAGUAGGAGAGCUUAUUUAUUGCAUUCACCGUAUUUUUCACUAUAUAAGACGCAAUUUUCCCCUCCUAAAAAGUAAGGGGAAAUGUGUGUGCGUCUUAUAGAGCGAAUGCAGGCGGGAGGCUCUGCUCAGUGCUCCCUUUAAAGAGCCGCACACACGCUCCACGAGCUCUUUAAAGGAAGUGUGGCUCUUGGGGGAGCCUUCCGCUGCCCUCAAGAGGCUUUGCGGGGCUAUCCCGUAAGCCAGGACAGCAAGCGGGAUGGCUGCGCAGUGAUCCGGCUUGCUGUCCUGGCUUCUGCCUUAGCCGCGUGCAGCCUCUCCCAGGCAGGGGGAUGAAGGCUUCCCCUUCCCAGGAGUGGCUGCGCGUGGCUAUCCCAUAAGCCAGGACAGCAAGAGGCUAUCCCAGAAGCCAGAUCCCUCUUGCUGUUCUGGCUUCUGGGAUUCAGAAUAUUUUUUUUCUUGUUUUCCUCCUCCAAAAACUAGGUGCGUCUUAUGGUCUGGUGCGUCUUAUAGAGCGAAAAAUACAGUAUAUCCCACCUUUUUCUCCUGGGAGUACAGGGUUUACCUCUCUCCUCAGUUAAUCCUCACAACGACCCUGUGAGGUAGGUUAAGAGGCUCUGAGUGUCCCAAGGUCACCCACUGAACAUCCUGAGUGGGGAUUUGAACCCUGAUCUCCCAGGUCCCAGUCGGACACUCUAAGCACUACACCACACUGGCUUCCUAGAGUACUUCUAUGGGACAGGUCUAUGAAUUAAGUAGGUAAAUGAAUAUGGGUAAAGAAAAAUGUCACUUAGAGAAGGAUCUGAAAUAUUUUCCUUGAAGCUUGAAUUUGAUUUAUUUUGGAUUGUUUUAUUUGAUGUUUCAAAUUUUUUCUUUAAAAUAUAAAGAGCUACAGAAAUGAAAUUAAUAAUAAUAAUAAUAAUAAUAAUAAUAAUAAUAAUAAAUCUCAUUGGAGGAAAAAAGGUGCCUAGACAUUCCGUUUUGGUGACCAUAGCCUAGGUUAAGGGUGCCAUUUGGUGAUUAGCUUAUAUAUCUGAGUUUCUAACCCUGAACAUUGGUCCUUCUAGCUCAGAACUGUCUACAGUCUGUACUGACUGGGAGCAGCUCUUGAGGUUUUUCAGCCUUGCCUGGAGAUGCCAGGGAUUAAAGCUGGGGCCAUUUUUCAUGCACUCUUCCACUGACCUGUGACCAUUUCAAACUUGGUGUUGCAAGGUACACAUUAACUGCAACUGAGAGCAGCAGCCCAACCUAUUCUUAGUAGCAUUUGCUUUUAAAAAGCGUGAAGUCAUCACACUCCGCUUUCCCUGUCCCUUACUGGCUGCUGCUUGUGGAGGCUUGGAAAUUCUGAGCAUGGUGAUAUCACAGCAGGCAUUGGCUUUCAUAGGCGUUACUAGGGAGGAGCCAAUAUCCUUUUCAUAACACCUCUUUUGGAUCUUAAGUGACGUCCAUAUUAUUAUUAUUUUUCCUUUGAUAAGUAGCCUAUUUCAGAUAAUGCAUUAUAAUGCUGCUUUUGCAUUUCAUCUAUAACUGGCUGUGUAGCAUUCAUAAGAAUGUAAGAAUAAUAGAAUCUUAGAAUUAUAGCAUUGGAAGGGACGCUGAGGUUCAUCUAGCCCAGCCCCCCUGCAAAGCAGGAAUAUGCAGCUAUCCCAUGUGGGGACUGAACCAGCAACCUUGGUGUGAUCAGCACCACACUCUAACCCAGGCUUCCUCAACCUCGGCCCUCCAGAUGUUUUUGGCCUACAACUCCCAUGAUCCUUAGCUAACAGGACCAGUGGUCAGGGGUGCUGGAAAUUGUAGUCUCAAAACUUCUGGAGGGCCCAGGCUGAGGAAGCCUGCUCUAACCAGCUGAGCUAUCCAGGCAGCAUUAGGUCAGAGACCCCUCUAGUCCACCCAGAUGUCCAUAGGAGGUCCACAAGCAACCCCAGUGCUGAUGCCUUCAUCUUGUCUGUGGUUCCCAGCAGCUGCUGUUCAAAGGCAUACUGCCUCCAAAAGUGCUCAAAUCCUACUCGCAUUAUAGAAAAUAGAGUUACGGGCCUUUUGCAGAUUACCAGGUGAUUCUCUUUCCGGACGUUAACUAGACGUGUGUUAGGCUUUACUGCAGAAUCCUAGCACCAGAAUAACAUUAACGUCAUCCUUUAAUGUUUAAUCUCCACUAUUCUUCCUUAGGUUCCAUAAACCGCUCGCUGGUAUUUUUAGACGGCUCGCGGAACUUGUCUGAGCGAGCAUCAGAUUUUCCUUUCUCAGCCCGUCCUCAUUUUACAAAAUUUCAGUCUGUAUUGUGCAGGAAUAUGUGAUGGGUGCUUAAAGCAUUGCCAUAAGGAUGUGAACAGGAAUAUUGCUAAGACAUUUAAAAUGAAGAAUAAAAAGCAUGUAGCCAUUUUCACAUGAUGCGGAAGAAAUGCCAUUUGGCAGCUGGCAUAUGAUUUCGUAACGCAGAGACCAGCGAAUGCCAACCUGGUCCCUUCAGACGUUGAACUGCGAUUCCUGUCACCCUCGACUAAUUGCUGUGCUGUCUGGGGCUAAUACAGACUGUGGGGCCACAGCCCUAGUGUGCAACUAGGCUGGCGGACCCUUGCAGUUGUGUGUGCUUUGAAUGACAGCAAAGGCAGUUCCCUGUGGGGGGGCACACAUAAGCCAUUAAAGGUAAAGGGACCCCUGACCAUUAGGUCCAGUUGUGGCCGACUCUGGGGUUGCAGCGCUCAUCUUGCUUUAUUGGCCGAAGGAGCCGGCGUACAGCUUCCGGGUCAUGUGGCCAGCAUGACUAAGCCGCUUCUGGUGAACCAGAGCAGCACACGGAAACGCCGUUUACCUUCCCGCCGGAGCGGUACCUAUUUAUCUACUUGCACUUUGACUUGCUUUCGAACUGCUAGGUUGGCAGGAGCAGGGACCAAGCAAUGCGAGUUCACCCCAUCGUGGGGAUUCGAACCGCCAACCUUCUGAUUGGCAAGUCUUAGGCUCUGUGGUUUAACCCACAGCGCCAGCCACGUCCCCACAUAAGCCAUUAGGUGUGCUUAAAAUAAUUCCCUGUAUUGUGGUUGUCACCUGCCAGUUGAGUCUUCCUUUGUGCAAGUGGCAAGGGAGAGAGGAUGGAAGAUGACACAAAAUGGCCGGAUUGGGAGCCUGUUUUGAAAGGGGUACACCAUCCUUAGCAUUUGUUUUAGGCAUAAAGGACCAUGCCCUUGCCUUGUCUAUUAAAAGGAGAGAAGCUGAAAAUGGUCAACCCUCUGGAAGAAUUAUCCACUCACUCUGCCUCUCAGAGUGUUGGUAUCUUUCAUUUGAUUCCAUUGCAGUAUAUGCAUGUUCUCAUCAAAUUAACAGCCUGCAGGUCUUGCCUCUGUAGCAUGCUUGUCUCAACUAAGUUAAAUUCCUUCCCAUUAGUCAUAAUUAUAUGACAUACAAGCCUGCGGUGUACUCUAUGAAUUUUUGUUUGCAUUUUAUAGCUUACAAGACAAACAGCUGUUUAAGAACCUUUUCUUUUUAAUUAGAAAAAAAGUUUUUCCUGUGGUCUAAAACGCUAACACAAAACUUCAUCACCUUUCUGUGGCUGUGCUUCUAUGGGGAAAAAUGUUCUAUUAAUCUUCUAAAUUAUUUUUAAAACCCCACAUUUUUCCUAAAUUGAUAGAAUGAAUCUCUGGAGAAAAAGCAUAGGAAAUGGUGCAGGUGUGUAACUAGAGAUAAUCAAUAUAUAUGUAAUAUUAAUAUUUUUCGGUCCUGUGUGGGCAUCUGCUGCGUAUGGCAAUAUUUUGAAAAUGUUAACUUAUUAUGGCUUAUUGGCUUACGGUUGAACGUUCCUGGUAAGAAAUGUGUUGAAUGUUCCAUUUGUAGGUUAUUCUGAUAAGUUGUGGAAAGACCUUGGCACCGUUUAACUGAAAUUUAAAAUAUAUAAACCCUUUUAGUCUCCAGCAGCUGAGAUAACUUAAAGUUGAAAUAUGAGGGUUGAAACUAAAAUAUGACGUAUCAAGAGUAAUAUUAAUGGCUUUUCUCUUGCAUCCGUUCAUACUUGAGCUGUGAAUAUGUUAAAAGGAAAGGAUUGUACAUUUUUAUAUGGUUGUAUUUAUUUAAAAGUUAGGAACAUUAAAAUAUCACUUUCAUAGUAAAACAAAGUGUAAGUGUAUUCUGAUAUUUAAUACAUGGCUGCAUAAGGUAAGGCUUUUUUAUUUAAAAAAAUGUACUUGGUUUUUCAAACUUAAAAUAUUUUACAGGGUUGAGAUUUAUGAAGUGUCCAGCUGUUAGGUUGAUCUAAAAUACUUUCAGAUUUGGCAUUGCUAACAUUCAGUUAGAAUGCCAAAGCUGAAAUUCAAAAAUUCUUUUUUCCCCAGAAACCAUAAGGUGUGGGUGUUAGAAUUUAAUGAUAACCUUUCUAGAGCAAAUUUGAGAUCAGAGAAACAGGGCGCAUACAAGUGAAUUUCAGAAUUGUCAGUUGAAGGACAUAUAAUUUCAGUUUAUACUAGUUUUAAUAUGAAACAAUACAUUCUGUAAGGAUCAGCUGGAUUUUGCAUAAAUCAAACUGUUGUCUUAGUUUUCUCCCCCUUUUUUGUUGUUGAAAAAGCUCCCCUCCCCAGCAGUUGCUUUUGAGUAAAAUAUAAAUAUAUAUUUUAUUUACCUUUAUAUAUUUGGGAUGUCUGGCAGUUUUAUAUAUGAAGAAAUUAAAGCUGACUUACGAACAUGCUUUUCCUUAUUCUUUCAUGCACCACACUUCGCAGGCUGUCUCUUAAAAUAUAUUUUUCAGGUUUUUAUGAAUAUUUUGUUUGUGAUUUAUGUACACCCCCAACUCUAGCUUCAACACCUUUGUCCCGCCCCCCCUCCUUUCGCACCUUUGGAAUCCACUUCCACUUGAGAUUUAAUUACUCAAAUGAAUUAACUGAGAACUUCCAUUAUGUCAAUAUUGCAAACCCUGACCAAAGAUGAAACGUGUGAAUUAAAUUCAGGGGGGAAAAGCCAAGGUUCUUUGAGCUCACUUUUUUAAAAAAUGCCUAUGUCCAUUGACACAUCCAUCUUCAAGGCUACUUCUGAAGAGACCAGGGUUCUUAUAGACUUUAAUAAUAACAAGACCUUUGUUAUGAGAAGCAAUAAGAAUGCUUCAAUAAGUGUCGGAACCUUUGUGGCAAGUGGAGCAUAAUGAACUUGGUCUCUGCAAAAGUAAAGUAAAAUAAAAGCUGAGGAUAUAUCAGGAGUAAAUAUUUAUGGCAUGGUUAACCAAUUAGAGGUAGAAGGAAAUGUGAUUAAUCCACUUAGAAAGGGGGAAAACAGUGGGAUAGAGAGAAAAUUAAUUAAAGUGCAAAUAUCAUUUGGGAAACGUUGAAGCUUUGCUUCAAAAGACUCGAGUUUUAGCGCAACUAGCUUUUCUGAACAUUUUUUUAGGGAGGGACAGGGACAAGGGAAUUCAUUGCUCUUUAUCUUUUUUAAUAAAAUAAAAUGGCCAAAGGUAAUUUUCUUUCUUGCCAAACCAGAUUAUACCUUCAUUUUAGUAUAUCCAUGGAGCUGUAAUAUUGCAGAAUAUUAGCCCUCGUUCAGCUACAGUUCUGUGCAGCAGAUUGAGAUUGGGACUUGUUUAGAAACUCUUCCCUCGGCUAGACUUGCUUAAUUCGCUACGAUACAGAGACCUUGUGCCUUUUAAUAGUUGUGAAGAAUGAGAAGCCUCUGCACAAAACUUUGUACUGCUCCAUCUAACACUCACUGUGAUAAGUCAGUCAUUACAAUUUAAAGCGAGAGCAACAAACAAAUAUAACUGAUGUAAGCGAAUGACACAGUAGUUGAGGGUAUUCUGAAAAUGCGCACAAUCAGAUUAUGGAGAACAGGUAAAUGCCAGUAUUUAAUCUAGUUAAUAGGAUGUUGGAGGCGAAUCAAACACCAGCAAAUGCUAUCUGCCUGGAUCAUGCAAAAUUGUUAGCACAACCGUUAACCUGGCAACUUGCCGAUAAAGGUUCAGAUGUCCACUAAUAGCUUUCAGCACAUAAUUUUGGAUGUUAUCAAAUUAAAUUAAACAAGUCACUCACUUUGCCCAGAUACAGUAACAUGUGCACAUGUUGUAAUUAUAUUAUUAUUGAUAAAUAUGAAAACAGGCUGUGAUCCAGUACUUGGGGAAUGGUGGUAGGAAGACGUAACUCUUGAGUACCAGAAUCAAAUUUGUGGUUACAACUACCUAAUGCAGGCUGAUUUUUGUUAGCUAAAGACAGGGAAUUUCCCCCCCUGUAGUAUGUGUCACCACCAUCCUUUGUUUCUAUACGUUUACCAUACUUUUCAACUUCUAGGGCUGUAGUACUAACCCCAAUUGCCUGCAAGUAAGCUUCAUAGGACAUUUAGGAGUAAACAGGAUUGUGCUGUAAACCUCUGUAAGAACCAUAGGGUAUAAUUUGCUUCGGCUAAGUCAAGGGGUAAUGGCAAUCGACACCUUUUCCCAUUUUUGGCUACCAUGCAUCCCAGGGAGUAAAGUUUAGAGAUAAUAGAAAUAAAAGGUGGGUGAUGAAGGCGUGUCUGACAACACCACAAUUUUGAAGCUUUAGUUACUACAUCUCUUGUACUCGAAGAAAAAAAAAUACUGGAGGGUAUGACUUAGACUACUACAUGUUGACCACACCACCAGUGAAACUACACCCCAAAGUUAGGAGAGCCUCAUCUGCUGCCUGUGAUGCCGUGUAAAAACCUGCACAUAGAAUCCUUUAGAAUCAUAGGAUUGGAAAGGGACCACAAGGAUCAUAAUCCACCCCCUGCAAUGCAGGAAUCUUUUGCCCAACAUGGGACUCGAACCCACAACCCUGAGAUUAAGAGUGUCAUGCUCUACUGGCAGAGAAAGUGGAGACUCUUGAGUUGCAGGUAGGAAUCCUGUAGUAUAGGAUAUUUAGCCCCAGAAGCACGAGUUCAGUCCUUAGUUUCUGAAACUGAAUUCAGGACACUUCCUUUACAGUUUCUUAUCCUGCGAGGGUUUGCUGUUUAGGGUAACUUCACCUUCUCUUUAGUAGGUGCACUUUAGUAGGUAGGUUAACAAGAAAGCCCCUGGGUCACAUUAAAAAGUGAAAGAAUUGAAAAAUCUGUUUUGGAGGUAUAUUAAAAGAAUGUUUAGUUUAAUUCCUUAAACUGCAAUAGUACUUGGAACAUGACCCAAUCUGUGAUGUGCAGCUUGAAAAUAGUAUAUCAGAAGUGAUAUAUUCAAUCCCACCCACCCACUCCGGUUUUGGGAAUUGAUAGUAAAACUUCAGAGUCUAUAGAGAAGUUUGAGAUUUUAGUAAGGUUUUUGUCGUUUUCAAAAGCCUGCCGCGUACAGACGCUUGCAUCCCUACAAGAAAGAAAAAGAAAACCCAGUGCUGUUUGCGACUUUCAUUUGAAGUCCUCAGCGUUCAGUUGUAGGAUGGAUUUAACAUUUAUUAGUGUUUAUGGCCAUUCAAGCUGAGACUAUUACGUUGUGGAACCCAAACUCACCACAAAGGGUUUGGGUCUCCUGACUCUGUUGCCAGCUGUUCCCGACACCACAAUUAUUAUUAUUAUUAUUAUUUUACAGCAGAAGGUGUCAAAGUAUGGAACACAGUUGUGUAAACGUGCUUGGGAUGUCCAACACGAGCACUUUGGUGAAUUUAUGAAUGCUUUGCAAUUCUUAGAAUAGCUGUCCUGUUUUCUUAAAACAAAAUAAAGCAACAGAAAAAAGCCCUUCUGUGAAUAAACUGAUUGUAAAGAAAAUUGCAUUGAUACAGGAGAGGGCAGUGUGUUGCCUCUGAGAUGCUUAUGUGUAGCUUGAAAAGAUGCCUGUGGCUCUCAAAAGGAUUCUCUCGCAGAAAGUUAGGCUCAAUGUGACCAGUUUAGUUUGAUGUGCUGUGAAGAGUGUUAAAACUACCCGAAACACUUCAUCGUUUGUGGAGAAUGAGAUAUUCAGCACAAGUUUCCUAUCAGAAAAAUGGGCAUAAUAGUGUCUGGAAUUGGGGGCUAUUGUGUAGAAAGUGCCUUGGACCAAGUCAAUGUUAUAAAUUAGGAAGGACCGAUUUUUAGGGUUAAAGCACAGCAGUAAGAACAGAAUAAAAAUAGCCACUUAAAGUCAUGUCUUCUCUAAACUAAUUUAUUGCAAAUUUUGUAGAGUCAAAUCAUCUGUAUGUUAGCAAGUGUCUUUUGUGGGUUUGCCAGCAGAAGUACAGUGGUGCCCCGCAAGACGAAUGCCUCGCAAGACGGAAAACCCGCUAGACGAAAGGGUUUUCCGUUUUUGAGUUGCUUCGCAGGACGAAUUUCCCUAUGGGCUUGCUUCGCAAGACGAAAAUGUCUUGCAAGUCUUGAGAUUUUUUUUCCGCUUCCCCCCCCCUUUAUCUAAUCUGCUAAGCCUUUAAUAGCCUUUAAUAGCCUUUUAGCAGCUAAUCCGCUAAGCCUUUAAUAGCCGCUAAACCGCUAAUAGCGCUAAUCCGUUAAGCCGCUAAUAGGGUUGCUUCGCAAGACGAAAAAACCGCUAGACGAAGACACUCGCAGAACGGAUUAAUUUCGUCUUGCGAGGCACCACUGUAGUUUCUCAUUCAAGGCAGGUAGGUAUCUUAGCCAUACUAGGAAACUAUAUUGAGGUUUAGCAUCAGAUCAGUGUGUUGUUUACCUUGCCAGUGUUGUCUUAACUCAAAUAUGGAAAUAAGGUCUGUAAUCUUAUUUUAUGCCUUAUUUCUGAAUUUAGCACAAACUGUAGGUGAAAUUGCAUAUCUUAUUACGUUAACCAGAAUAGCCUGGAGUUCUUUAUCUUAAGGAGCUGGAUUUUAUUUUAUUUUUUUAAAAAGAGCCCCAUGCUACUGAUUGAGUAUCACGCAUGAAAACUAAUAUUAAAGUGUUUCCGAACACACAGAGUCGUGCAAUAUUGUUUCCAGUAGGUGGUGAAGUGAGAGAUGCUGAAAUAGAACGGAACAAUUGUUGGGAGCCAAGUAAGGAAUCUGGUGUAAGUAAUCUGUUUGGACACUGGGUGCCACUCCUGAAACACUUGCAGCCAGUUUAAAGAGCACCUUUAUAUAGAUAUAAAAUAUUUUUUUUAAAAAAAAGUUGUAACAAGAAACAGCCUUGAAAAUGGAAGUCUUGUUAUUUGGGAGGCUUUGAAAACGGUUCAUCCUUGGGAGUAGCACGUUGCGUUGCUGGGGGGGGGGGUUAAAACACAACACCACAAAAUCCCAGAAGGGAUAAACUGAAUCGGUCAACCUGGCACUGCUUGGCAGUCUUUUCUUUGGCUUUUCACUUUGUCUCUGCACUUUAUCUUACUGCAUGUACAUUGCCAGCACUGUGUGUGGAGCUGUUCAGACUUAUAAAGAGGUCCCCCCUUUUUUUUUUGUUUCAAAGCAGCAUUGCUUGGGGAAUUAGGAAGCUCUGCUAAGAUGGUGAAGAAGGUAAGUUCUGCAUGGGCAGGGAAAAAAUACCUUCAGGAGAAUAGCUUACAGGGGGUGUUGGCAGUUAUGGUUGUACCCCCGGAGCCUUGGAUCCCAGUAGCCUCUCACCAGAAAUACUGCAUCCAGGAUUACCGUAUUUUUCGCUCUAUUGGACGCAGUUUUUCCUCUCCAAAAAUUGAGAGGAAAUGUGUGUGCGUCCUAUAGAGCGAAUGCAGGCUUGUGCCAUAGCCGCACGCAACCCCUCCGGCAAGGAGAGGCUGCACGGGGCUAUGGCGUCUUUAGCCCCACGCAGCCUCUCCCGGCAAGGAGAGGCUGCACGGGGCUAAAGGGGAAGGCAAAACAGCGAGCGGGAUCCAUCCCGCUUGCUGCCUUGCCUUCUUCCAUAGCUGCGCACAACCCCUCUGGCAGGGAGAGGUUGUGUGCAGCCUGUACGCUGCUCUUUGGGGCUGUGGGGGAAAAAUAUUUUUUUCCUUGAUUUCCCCCCCUAAAAACUGGGUGCGCCCUAUGGUCCGGUGCGCCCUAUGGUGCGAAAAAUACGGUACUUGCGCAGAACAGAAAUAAAUGAUUAAGGCAUUUGAGCUGGCCCUCCCUAGGUUUCUGCCUGCUGCAGAACUCUUUCCCUCGUUGGAGGAAGCACCAAGGGGCCAUUUCAAUAUUCUCUGAUCGUAAGGAGCUUGCAUAGUCAGCAGUAACAGGAUCGCAACUCUAGUUUGCUCCAAAGCUCCUCGCUUUCAUCACUGCAAAUUAUAGAACCCAGAACCUGGACUAUGUGUGCUACUGGGCUUUAGACAUGCUGAUCUCAUGCCAGUCCACAUGGCUUAAUAUGGGCUGGUGUUAUUAUUUGCUGAUGUUUCGAGAGUUAAUUUUAUUGUGUACUAUUAUAUUCUGAUAAAUUAUUGAAUGUUACUUUAUUUGAUGUAGUUCCAUUUUAAAGUUACGUUUUAUUAUGACUUUCUGUGUGGGAUCAGAUCAUGAUAAGGUGUGUGUUCUUCACUUAAUAUUUUGUCGGUGUAAAUGUCAUUGUGUUUAGAGUCAUACCUUGGAAGCUGAAUGCCUUGGCACUUGUACGUUUUGGCUCCCGAAUGCCGCAAACCCGGAAGUGAUUGUUCCGGUUUACAAACAUUCUUUUGGCAACGCUUACUAUUAUUUUAUUUUGAUAAGCAUGAAUGAAUAUACAAUUCACAUAAGUGACACAUUGUUAAUAACACAUUUUUAACAGAAAUUGAUAAUACAUGUUCCAUUUGGUUGUUUACAAUAAAAAUAUUGGUACCAUAGUUCAGUUUUCAAAGCACUCUACUCUUUAUUGUUAAACUUCUUAACAUAUUAUCUAUCUUUAACAUACACUUCAAGGUUUCAAAGCUCAUACAUUUCAGUUUCCACCAGAUGCAAAAAAAAUGGCACCCAGAUUUUUGGAGGUGCUUGCAAAUGGAGAAUCUUUAGGCGCAAACGGUGCCUGGCGCCCUGCUAAUUUCGAACCCAGCUCAAAUGGCAAACUCAAUGGAGUGACAGAUUUGAAAAUAACAGGCCACCUUUAUCUGGAAUUUAUAGAACAUUUCCUGCAACAAAGUUAGCAUUUUUAUGUGGGUUGGUGGGGUGGGGCAGGGGCGGGGCAGAAAAACACAUCAACCCACACAGAACUUCGGCAGAUUUGAGUCAUCUGGAACCUCCCAAAGAACCUUGUUUAGCCUUGUGUUAAUAGUGAAUAAAGCAAAUUCACAGUGGUUUCUGUGGUUUUGCCAGCAGUGGCAAAAGGUCUGAACUUCUAAAAUAGAUUCCCCCCCCCCUUAAGUUUUUCCUGGACAAAGCUGAUUUAUCAGAGAGCUCCAGAAAACACAUGUAGGAUUAUAACUGGAGGAAUUAAUACCAGAAACCUCCUUCUGCUGACACCAGGCAAUCUAUUAAACAGAGCAAUUGGAGUAAUGAGUACCAUGUUUGAUAAGCCCAAGCCACCUGGGUUUUAUUAGGCUGCCUUCUACUUUGAUCACAAUAUUAUUUCAAGACUUGUCUGUGUUAAACGGCUACAAUUCCUUUUGUGAUUUAGACCUCAGGUUGAUAUAACUCAACUGAGGCUUGUGAAAGGGAAGGUGUCACGCUAAGCCCAGUGUACAUUCUGAGGAGGUGCAAGUUCAGACACGGGCGCUGACCCCAGAACAAAGGGGAAACUUGUUAGCACAUGAAAACUUUUGCACCGGCUUUGGCUGUGGAUUUGAGGUUGGAAAGGUGUGGCGUUUCUAGGCCGAAGCUCCACUCUCAGUAGAGGCUGCUUGUGUGUGGCAGACAUCGCUUUGCUAGGUUGAGGGUCCGCUUCUUGCAAGCCCUUAGCUGUUUGUCUUCUGGCCCAUUGCUGCUUUGAUUUAGAACGACUUUUAUUGCACAGAAGCCGCUUCUAGGGAAUGGGUGGCAUCUAAUCAGAAAAAUCCCAGAAGCUUCUAUCUACAUGAUUGUGUGUGUGUGUGUGUGUGUGUGUGUGUGUGUGUUUGUCCAAAGGGGUAUUUAGUAGGAUAGGACCUCAUAGGGCUAUUCAUCAGAACACCCCUCCAGGCCUAUAGUCAAUGCAUAGGAACCUAGGGAACUGACUUGCAUUGAAUCAGACGAUUGGUCAAUCUAUCUCAGUACUAUUAACACUGACUGGCAGCAGCUGUCCAAGAUUUCAGACUGGGAUCUCUCCCAGCCUUACCCGGAGGUACCAGGGAUUGAUUCUGGGACCCUCUGCAUGCAAAGUAGAUUCCUUACCACUUAGCUACGGUCUUUCCCCAACGCAUGGUAAGUGAAACAAGGGUGCACUUCCUAGUUCCAUGCUGCUCCCAAUAGCUGCGCAUUGGGCAGAACAUCCGAAGCUGGAGAUACAUGGAUAUUGGAGGCGAAGCUGUUGGGUGCAGUCCUUCUUUCCCAUGCGUGCAUGGAAGGAGCUCUUAGAAAUAGCCCUAGGGCCCGCCAUGGCUCCUUGCCCUUCCACAUGACUAGCAGGGGGAAAAGAGAGUAGGAAUGUGCAGAUUUCACUUGGUUUGAAUAAACUCACAGUUUCUCUUGGUACAGGAUUGUGAUGCCCUCAGACCAUUCUGUUAAGGAAUUCUAUUAAGGAAUUAUUUAUGUUGAUUUUUUGACCACAGUACAUGAGACAAAACGUGGCUGGUUUUAUGAUGUUUUUUUAAAAAAUGCAGGGGGAAAAGUAAUUUCCUAAUUCUGUGAAAAAGAUUUGCCCAUCAUAUGUGUUUGGGCAUUCCAUUUUUGUGGAUCUGUGUUCCUGCUAAUGGCUCUACUAUCUUCAGUGGGGGUGACGGAAUGGGGGGGGCAUUUGUAAUGGAGAAAGUAUGACGAAUCUAUGUUAAUCACAAUGCAGUUAAGAUAUUGGAACAGUUCAAUCUGAAUAUCAACUACCUCUCUAAAAUCCCCAAGUCUUUUUAAAAAUGUGUUGCCUUCAGUAUACAUGCCAGCCUUUCCCUUUGGGUUUAUCCUUAUAGGAAGAGAUGAGCGGAAGAGAGAAUCUGCAAUUAAUAGAUGGAGCCUGCCAAAAUCCGGUGUUGACCUUCAGCUUGCUAAACUGUAGGAGUUGGAGAGGAGGGAAAUGAACGGAACUUUCCCUCUAGAUCCUGCAGACUUGACAAGACUGAUAAUUGGUGUUAAUCGUUCCAUUUGGCCAUUGCUGCAUCCUCCCAGGAGAAUGUUCUCCUUGUUUCUUAAUAAGCAACGAUGCAGAUCAGGCCGCCAAGCAUAACCAUCAAGUUGCAUAUUCAAGCGGCUCUAAUUUUGCACACACUUUCAGUGUGAGGCUGCCCUGCCCUGCUCUCGUUAUCUCCUCAUCCACCUUCUCUCUUAAUAAGGAUGCAAGCUGUGUUUUAAAUGCAACUGCUUCUUAAAGGAAGGACUUCUUAAAGGAGAUACAAAGCUCACCUUUCAUUAAUGGAGCCUUAACCCUGGAAUAAGUAGUUCAGGCAUUGGGUCAGGAAGGAAGAAUUGCAAGCCAAAGGUGAACUGAUCCUUAGAUGGCCAAAAGGUCCUGCCCCUUUUCAGGGAAAUAACCAAGGAAUACAAAACUACAUACAUUGUCCUCCCCAAACCUAAUUUCUUACAUCUGUUUUGCUUAUAGCAGUUACUCAUAAAAGUUCUGUGAGUGUAUUCUCAGUUUUCACUAAUAUGAUGUAGAGCAGGUGCCCUCCAAAGUGGUGUUGGACUACAACUCCCAUAAUCUCUGACCAUUGGCCAUUGUGGUGGGGGCUGAUGGGAGUUGGAGUCCGGCAAAAUCUGCAGGACACCAUGUUGGCAACCACAGAUGUAUAACAGUGCAGUGUACAAGCUAUGAUUUAAAAAAUCACAAAAGUAGAGCAAUCCGUUAUGCAAUUGAGCUGGGCUUUUGAGGCCUUUGGAAAUGUGCUGCAACUUUGGAGGCAAAUUCCCACCUCUCUCAAAGCACAGGGGUGGGAGGGAAGGCAGGGGGGUGUUCCUGACCCCACAGCCCAUUUUAGAUGUGUGAGGUCGAGAAGAAGGCCCCUAUUCUUGCAUAGGGACAAGGUCUUGGUAAUUAUCUAUUUUCAGUUGUCCGUCAAGGCCAGCCAGAACUUGUUGACCCUUAUUUUCGCGAUAAUGGGCAAAUCCUCUUCUGCGAGGAUUUCCAUUUGCAAAGUGGCACGCAGGUCCUUUUCGGACUGUGUUUGAUUUGCAUUCAUUUUUCAUUAUUAAAAUGGUACUGAUGCAUCUCAUUUUGAGUGCUCAGUUAAUUUGUCACAGAAGAUAACUGACUCGGCUAGCCAUAAAAUUUGUUUUAUUGCCGAUACAUUUAAACACUUCUGAUUAACUUUUAUUGGGGUCAUUUUAUUAAAUUUAAUGCCUCCAAAUACCAUUCUGAAUAGAGAAUUAGCUGUUUUUGAUUUCCACAAGCAUAUUAAAUGCCUAUCUAGGGGGAUGAUCCUGGUGAUCUGUGUGUUUGAAAUCGCAUGUAGGAGUUGCACGAGGGGGAGACUGUAGUUUGCUACUUAAAUAAAAGUACUGUGUUGAAAGGAAACUUGGGUAAAGGGAUAAUGAGGACCUUUUGGACUGUGUGAUGGGAUAUACUCAUAAAAAUGGAAAAUUGAGACAUUAUUACUGCAAAUUGCAGCCAGUGGUAGCUGGGGUUAUGUGCUGGUGUAUGUGCAUCAGAGAAGCUCAAAUUCUGCCCAGAGAGAGAAGUGUAGCAGCACUGAUAAGCCAUUUAGCUUAGAGGACAAUGAUGUACUUAAGAAAUCAGGAAACGGUACUUAACUAAGAACAUAAGAAGAGUUUGCUAGAUUAGGCCAGUGGCCCAUCUAGUCCAGCAUCCUGUUCUCACAGUGGUUGUCCAGUUGCCCAUGAGAAACCUUGCGAGCAGAACCUGAGUGCAAGAGCGCUCUCUGCACCCGAGAUUCUCAGUAACAUGUAUUCAGAGGCAUUCAACCUACAAAAGUGGUGGCAGAACUUAGUCACUGAUAGCCUAGCUCAGGGUAGCCCAACGUUUCAUACCACACAUGGUCCUCGUGUUGGGUGUUGUGAGAAAUAAACCUCUAGGGACAUUGGCAAGGCUUCUUUUCAGCUGAGUCCAUAAGCACCUUCCCACUGCUUCUGGAACACUGUUUGCAUGGCAUGAUCCAGAGUUUUUGCUUUGCGAUGAUGAUCUUUUGGCAGUUCUCAAACAGACAUACAGUGGUACCUCGGUUUUCAAAUGUCUCCAUUGACAAACAUUUUGGCUUUCGAACGCCACAAACCCGGAAGUAAAUGCUUUGGUUUUUGAACACGCCUUGGAAGUUGAACAUGCCAUGCAGCUUCCGCCGAAUGCAAGAUCCUGAGCCCUAGCUGUCAGCUAUUGAGUUUUCAGUUUUUGAACGUUUCAGAACUUGAACAGUCUUCCGGAACAGAUUACGUUUGAAAACCGAGGUACCACUGUAUGUGGUCUUGCACUUGGGAGACCCCUGCUAUUCUCCUACACCCCCUUCCUCACAAAAGCUUCUUCUGAAAACUCAGGCACCUUCCAGAACAUUAUUUUACACCGCACAAAUAACCAUAGACGGCUUGUCCACCUCCCCACGGGUGCUUCAGACAUAAGCCUCCUUUGGAUUCCAGCCACAUGCCUGAUGUAAAAUGAAAUACGAUUAUAUUUACCUCCAAUGCAUUAUGCCUCCAAAAUUCAGAAGUAAUUCUAAACUUUUGGGCACACAGGGAAUGGGUGUUGAACUGGGAUAAAUAAUGAGCAGCGGAGGAAGAUGUAUAGUGGCUGCCUUGGAAAGCACACAAGGAGCAAAACGGGAUACCUGAAGCCCUGCUGUUCUUGUUCUGGUUUGAGCCUUCACCAGUUGUUGCCUUGCUAGGAAAUCAAGGUGCAGAAAGCUCUGCAAGAUACCAUAUGUUGCUUUUUCUUGCAAACCUUGAUUGUCUCGGGGUAGCAGCUAUUGUUAAGUUUUGUGCAUUCAACGAAGUGUGUGCUCACACGCACACACACAAAGUUAGAACACUUGUCCGUAGCUCAGAAAGUUUGGAAUGAUAAUUUUGAAGGUCAAGCUAUACUCUGCUCCUGUUUUGAGAAGUCGGACGAGCUCAGGAGCAGUAAAUCCAAAACACUGUUCUCUCCUCAUAGAAGGCUUUUAACUACAAAGAGAAAUCUCUAAAAAGGGGGGUGUAUGUGUUUCACAUGGUACUGGACUGGAGAUGAACUUUUCUUUAGUCCCAAAUAAUUCAAUAUGCAUAGAUUUUAAUGACUGCAUUUUUAUGCUCUUGUCUGGGAAUUUAUUAACUUAGAAUAACUCUUUCUGCACAAUUGCUAAUGUCAAUUAGCAUUCCUGCUUCACCCAUAACGAUUCCUUGAAAUGAAUAAUUGAAAUAUCUCCCCUCCCCUUGGGGGGAUAUAGGGUUCUUCAUGCUAAUGUUUCAGUAGUUUGGGGGCAGUUUGCCGCAAUAAUUUAGGAAUGUUCGUCAGCAUUAGCAUCUAGUAAAUCUCUUUAUUUUAGGGUUGGUUAGAAGGGCUUGUUGUUUGAGGGUGUUCAUGUCUGUGGGAAGGAGGCCUGAGUUUGAGGUAAUGGCCCUGCAAUUUGGAUUCUAUCCCCAGGUGGUUAGUGUGUGGCUUUUGUAGGAAUGUGCGCAGAAGCUCAGCUGUGUGGUUGAUACAGGAGACCUACAGGUGGAAACGAAGGUAACUAGUAAUAAAUCAGGAGAACCAGAUGGCAUUGAUCCAAGUUAAUAAGGAACAAAAGAAAUAAAAGCAGCUGAAUUGCUAACAAUGUGUAAUUUAUUACUGAGAGCGCCACUGUGCCAGAGCCUUGAAAAAUGGUAGCUUGUAUUGUAAUCUCUUGAGAAGAAAUGUGCUAAGAAAAAUAGGCUGGUAGCCCUUAAUUUGACUUGAGGGAAAACACAGAUAAUUUCACAAAACCGAAAUAUGUUCCCUAUAUAGGCGAGUGUGAGAAAUAUUUUUAAAAGACCCCAUUUGAGGUUUUAAGAGAUUUGCAAACUACAGGGCAUUCUGGAACGAGACCGGAUCCAACGAAACAGGUUUACAGUUUGGUUGGAUUACCAGCAAGUGGAUUAGGGAACCAUUGAGGGUACUUUCUUGCAACUUAGAAUUUAUGUCUUUCUCAGUGUAGUGCUAAAGAAGCAGAAUGGAUCGGUAACGUUAAAAAGCAAAGCAAAUCUUUGAAACAGAUGUCUUAUAAAGCCAAUAUACCCAUCACCCCUCUAGGAACAAUACAAACCAAGAAACGGCACUUGUACAGUGUUCUUCAUGUCUUGCUAAAAGGAAUUUAACUCCCAUGCACCUUUCCUCUUGGUUGCCGAUAUUCAUGGCGUUUCUAAACUACCAACAUUCCAUUUACCCAGGCAGUCCUCAGGAUCGCUCACUGGGGAUUCCCAGCACUUUCGCUAAACUACUAAUCCCAGAAUCAUCUGGGAGGAAAGCCACAACAAAGGUUAUCUAUAAUUAAUUUCUUUUAUUAUUAAACUUAUCACCCGCCAUUCACCAGCAUGUCCCAAGGUGGAUUGCAGCAAUUUACAAUUCGAUAUUAAAAAGAAUUAAAACAAAUUAUCACGGGGGUGGGUGGGUGAAUAAUUUCAAAAGGGAGAAUGAGAUCCAAUGUGGCAUGUGCAGGGGGGUUUCUCACUCCUUUCCUUCCCCCCUGCAGCCCCCUGGACACCCUCUAUAUCUGCUCUGGUGAGUUGGGGGCAAUGUUACAAACUCGUAUAUAAGCUAGGUGCCAAAUGGCACCUUAAACCAAGGUUACGGUCAUCAUAGCAGAAUGUCUGUUCUCCAGGGGGUUGGUCUAGUUGACCCUCAGGGUCCCUUCCAGCUCUACAGUUCUACCAUUCUUUGAUCUCAGCUGCAUUGCUUGACUGUAGCUUGCUCUUACAACAAUUCAGUAGUCCCAGUAUGCGAGAAGGAAAAAACCACACACAGUGGAAAUGGAAAUGGAGUGAAAUACGGACUAAGGCAGAGGUUUUUUAAACUGUGGUCUGUGAGUUCUAUUUGAGAGUCCUAUGGAAAGGCUGCAGCACAAUCAAAUACAGUGGUACCUCGGGUUAUAAACGCUUUGGGUUACAAACACUUCGGGUUACAAACUCUGCUAACCGGAAGUAGUACCUCGGGUUGCAAACUUUGCCCCAGGAUGAGAACAGAAAUCGCGCGCUGACGGCGCAGCGGCAGCGGGAGGCCCCAUUAGCGAAAGCACGCCUCAGGUUAAGAACAGUUUCGGGUUAAGAACUGGCCUCCGGAACGAAUUAAGUUCGUAACCCGAGGUACCACUGUAUAUCCAAUCUCAGCCCUGCACUUGCUUUUCUUGAUGUGAUGAUGGAGCAUUAAGAUGCCCAGCAAGGGGUCUGUGGUUCGCGUGGCAGCGCAGAAGCACAAGACGUGCGUUCCUUUCCUGCGUGUGAGUCACUUGGCUCAGUGGAGAGAUGUCAGUCGCCAGCCUGGCACCCAGUCAUCUCCACGUAGUUGCAGUCGAACCUGCGCCAGUAGCAAAAUGCUCCUGUCGCCUGGGGAAUUUGAAACACUGGUUGGGGGACCCUCUGGAGUUGAUUUUGUAGGGGACCAGAAGGGGGUGGGGAGAAGAGAAACCGGAAAUCCUGUUCAGUUGGGUUCCCACUGGGCAAACAGGAAAGAUUGGAUGUUGGCUUUUUAAUUUCAUUUGUGCCUUUAGGUGGGAAUGCCUCACAUGUGCAUUGUCGAGUAAACUGUAGCAUCACAGAUCACUGAGGGGUUGUUUGCAUGCUUCCCAACUUGGAUUGGGGUGGUGGGCUUGUGACUUUUUCACCCACACAUAUAUAUAGUUAGGGCUGAGCUCACCGGUGUUCACGCUGCCCAGCCCCUUUGAACCUGCUGUUUACUUUUGGGUAGAAAGAGGUUGGUUGGAAUCGUGCACAUCAGUCGCCCAGGUCAUACAUGUGUGUGUGUGUGUGUGUGUGUGUGUGUAGGCAGCAUGCAAUCCUAAGGUGCAAGGGAGACUUGACAGAGUCAUUUAGGAACAUGUAAGUAAAGCUUUGUACUUACAUUUUAGAACAGAUUACUCGAAGGACCACUUGUCUCAGUAUGCACCUACUCAAGCAUUAAGAUGUUCCAUGCAGGGAAGAAGAAGAAGAGUUUGGAUUUGAUAUCCUGCUUUAUCACAACCCUAAGGAGUCUCGAAGCGGCUAAUAAUCUCCUUUCCCUUCCUUCCUACACAACACUCUGUGAGGUGAGUGAGGCUGAGAGACUUCAGAGAAGUGUGAUUAGCCCAAGGUCACUCAGCAGCUGCAUGUGGAAGAGCAGAGACGUGAACCCAGUUCACCAGAUUACGAGACUACCGCUCUUAACCACUACACCACACUGUGGGUGCUUCUACCAUCUGAGCUGAGCUUGUAUUCCAAAGAGAGGGCCUUCUCUUUGGUGGCCCCCAACUUGCUGAAGACUGUCCCCAGAAAGGUUUGCCUGGAGACUUUAUCUUGCGGCACUCGGAAAAGACCACCCCUCCCCUGCUAGUGUUUGUCUUUUUUUUAGAUACAGUCUUAGUCCUGUUCCUUUUGCCAACUAGUUGCCCUUUAUUUUGAGUACGUUUUGUUUGUAUUCUGCAUUUUCAUUGUAAAUGAAUUUAAUCGCAGUCCCCCUGGGAACAUGUUUGCAAGGUGGCACGAUGAUACCUGGUGCCAACAUGCGUGCAUGGGAGCUCCCUCUGCUUCCAUCUGCUAUUUUGCAUUGGCGGUGAAACUGAUGCUUCCUGGUGCGCCGCUGUUAGCAGUUGUCACUGCCAAAGAGAUACAAAUACAGAUGCUAAGUGGGUAGAGGAGCUGCGUUGCCAGAUUGGCAUUUCAAAGCUAAGGAAGGCUGUACCACUCUGCUCACUGGACCUGCGGUCUUUAAUGGACAGGUGUAUCAGUCAUGUUGAGUAACAGUGCAGACCUUUUUAAAAUGCAUACACGCUUCCUGAAAUAAGAACUGCUCGCAGGAAAAUUUGGGGCAGGCCCCACAGCAAAGUGUAACAGUUCCUAGGUUAAGCCUGUAACCCAUUCCAUUGAAUUGAGUGGGGCUUGCUUCUGAGUAUUACUUCAUUUAUGAAUCGUGUCCCAUGAGGAAUCCUGAUGCAAUUUGCACUACAGUGAAAGCAUACAACACCUUUAAAACAAUUGCAUCUAUAGGCCGUUCUUAAAAAAAAAAAGAUGUAUAAACACAGUUUAAUAUGAUAGCACAUGUAUAGCAUCAGUUCAACUCCAGCACAGCAGGGCUAGGGAACCUGUGACCUCUCUGGAUGAUGCCGAACUGCUGCUCCCCUCGUCCCCAAUGGUUGGCUUGGCUGGCUGAGGCUGAUGGUAGUUGUAGUCCAACAACAUCUGGAAGACCAAAGGUCCCCCAGCCUUGCAAUGCAGAUAACAACUGGGAUAAAUAUCUCGCAUUUAGUAAUCACGCAAUUGGCUAUAAACACUGAUUUUAACAAUCGUAAAACAAUAAAUUCACAGCUGCAACAACUCCACUAACAUUUAUUUCUUGCUUUCCUUCUGCUUUCAAUAGGCUAAUUUCCUACUCAUUUUCCAAUUAGCCUGUAUUCUUACAAGGCUACUCUCCUCCCACCCCCGUGCUCAAUACUGUCCAAGUGGCUGAGCAUGUGAGAAGAUGGAAUAUUUUAUAUCCUAUAUAUGUUUUUGAACUUCCUAUUGAUUUCCGCUCCAUCAGAGAAGUGAUCUUUCGCAGCUGUUUGAAAAUGCAAGUGUGCGUUGCCUUCUUCUGCAAAUCUUUGCUUGCUUUUUAAAAUAUAUACUGCAUUUUUCCGUGUAUUGGACACCCCCAUGUAUAUGACACCCCCUAUUUUGGGGGACUCCAAAUCAGGAAUAUAUACAUAUAUAUAUCCUUGUUGCACUACAGGGCCUUUUUUCAGCUGCAAGAUUCACAGCAGUUUGUUGCCUGUAACCACUUUCUUCAGUUUAUGGCAGGGAAUAUUAAAAAUUCAGCAAUGCAUUGUUAAUACUUAAGCAUUCUCUCAAAAGACCUUAUAAAACUUCCGUGAGGAAUAGCUUGGCUUAUUUUGUAUUGGCUUGGCAAUGCUGUCAAGUUCAGAACAUUAAGUGGUGGGUGGUUUGUUUUUGGGUUCCCUUUGUUUAGUUUAUGAAAGUUGGUGCCUUGGACCUAACAAUCUAAAUUUAAAAAUGUGGCUCUUAACUAUAUUCAAAAGAGCAUAUUAAGAAACAUUUGUUAAAUUGCUCGUCGACGUUACACAAAUCACCUUCCUCCUCUUUUAGUUAGUUUGAAUGUCUAAAAAACAAAAAAAACCUAAGAUGAAGGGCCCUGUUAAUAUAUUUCAUCUGAAGGGGGAAAUGGUUGCCUGUUCUAGUGAUGGGAGGGCACUUUAAAUCUGGGGUCGUCUUUUUAUUCUUCUUGUUCUUCAGAAUUAUGAACAAAUCUUACAGCUGUAGAGCAAAGAAAUUAAACAUAGUAGCAGCUGGGAACCCCGAGCUUAUGACAUGUUUUGCCAGAUGUUCGUUUUUCUUUAGGUAGCAUCCUAGUGUUAAAUUGUGUGUACAUGUGUGCGCGAGGGGUAAUGGCUGUUGUUUCUUAAACCCAUAAGAAAAUGCUGUUCACAGGCAUGGCAGUGCGAGGAAAUUUGGUUUUGCCCUGCUAAAAGCAAAAACUCCCUGCUGUCCUAAAAUUAGGUGCUGCUCGUAAAGAACAUUGGAAAUAAAAUUAGAUACUAAGUUAGAAAACUUCUUUUGCACUUGAGCAGUGAUAAUAUUAUGAAUAGCAGUUGCUCUCUUUUUUUGAAGUCUUUACUUAGAUGUCUCCAAUCUCCUCCUUGUGAUGUUGCAAAAGCUGCACAGUUUAAAACCCUGCUGUGCAAAUAUAGAUCCUGUAAAAGUUUUCUCUCCCUUUGUGUACUGUCAUGGUCAAAUUAAACGUGAUCCCUUUCUUUUUCAGCAGUUUCCCAGCCUCUUGAAAACCUCCCUUGCAGUGCUUUUUGAGACUUGCAGAAAGGAAGGCAUUUUCCCUCCCCACCACCUGUUUUUACACCUCAUAAGGGUUCGGGUCUGGCUUCUUGCCACAAAACUGGGGUGCUUUCUUGCAGGUCCUAUCACCCCUGAUCAUUGGCCAUGGUGGCUGAGCCUGAUUGGAAUUGGGAUCCAAGAUAUGGAGUCUCCACUCCAGUUUUAUUCCUGUAUAGUACAUGCCAUGGGACUGGAGGUGUUCUGGAAAGUAAGGGGGAAAAAUCUUAAUCUGUAUCUCGAACCGUAAUGCCAGUUUUCCAAUAGAGUUGCUCGCUUUGUUGUAUACCAAGGGUGGGGGGCCCUUUCAGCGCUGUGGACCAGAUCCUUAUUUAGGAUCAGUUUCACAGACCAAAGUUGGCAGGCCCACUCGCCCGUCAGUCACAUGGCACCACAUGAUUGAAGGGUGUGUUUUCCAGCCCACCUGUGCAAAUCCAUUGUCUGAAGUUCUAACUAGGGGACCAUACUGCAAGGGACAUUGUCAGCCCCAUGUUCUGUGCUUUAGCUGGCCCAAGUAUGACCAAUUCAACCAGCUAGCCCUGGGGAUUAUCUAAUGCUUAUUUCCCCUAAAUUGAUAUUUUUGAAUUUUAUUGUUAUUCAUGUUUUUAUACUGUAUUUUGUGCUGCUUUUACAAUUAGGUGUUUUGGAUUUGUUGUUGGCCACCCUGAGCCCAGAUUUUGAACUGGGAAGGGCGGGGUAUAAAUAAAAAAUUAUUAUUUAGAAAGCUGUAUGAUGCCAGAUAUAGGGCAGCUGGGUGUGGCUUGCCCAAAGUUGCUGGCAUGCAGGCCAGAGGUUCCUCAACCCUAAUUUAUACUAAAAUUGGAAUGAAACAGAGACCCUGUGCAAGCAUGACCUGCAAAUCUGUGAAGCACAUUUGGGAAAGCGCUUUAGCUCAGUGGCAGAAUAUGUGCUUUGUAUACACAGGAUUCUGCAUUAUACUGACUCAGACCAUUGGUCCAUCUAGUACUCAGUACUGGCUGCACUGACUGGCAGCAGCUCUCCAAGGUGAGAUGUUCCUAGCCCUAACUGAAGAUUCCAGAGAUUAAGCCCAGGGCUUCCUGCAUGUAAUCAGAUGCUGACCCACAGAGCUAUGGCACAGAUCCAGGUACAAUCCUUGCCAUCUCCAGGAAAGAACCUCUUUGGAGAUGCUGCAGAACUGCUACCAGUCCGGCUAGACAACACUAGGCUUGAUGGACCAGUGACCUGACUAGGUAUCAGGCAGCUUUCACUAUUCUUGUGACUUUGUACUUCUAAGAUAAGUUACGAUUUCGUUCUUCCCAAUUGUUGUAUUAGUAAAGAUGACACCAUUUUGGUGGUGAGCCGUCUCCUAAGCAUGAACGAGUUUCCUUCCUGUCGUGCUUCACCAUCUGUUGAAUAAAGUAGCAUUUGAACAAAAGCUAUAUUUGUAUUAGACUAGUGCAGUUCAAUUUUUUCCCCUGUGAACAGCCAUUACUUUACACAGAAUUUUAAGUGUCUGCAUUUCCUGCUAUUGUAAUGGCACAUUUAUAAAUUCUAGAUUCUUUCUGACAAAUCAUCUCUGAGACUGCUUAUAUGCAGACACAGAAAUGAGUUAUCCCAUAGAUCAAGCUAAGCCUUUCAAUUCAUUAUUGCGACACUUAAUCCUAGGUUUCUCUCCUUAGUCAGCUGAAGUCACAUAUGUGAGUUAUUAGUGUCAGGUUCUACAUUUAACGGAUGAGCAAGGUCACCAAUUUUCCCUGUUGUAUGUCAUUUUAGGCUUGAUUAAGAUGUUCUCUCAUCACCUUCUUUCCUGUCUUUGGCAUACAGCAGUCAACCCUCCAAGUUUGGGUGUAGAGGAAACUAUGGUUAUGUUUCUUUUUUAAAAAAACAAGCCAGGAUUUUAAGCCAUGAUGCAAAGUUGACUUGUUCAACCACAUAACCACAGUUUCCUGGUUUGUCUAUACAGUAAACUAUGGUUAGCAGAAACUUAUUGGAUUGCUUUCUGUCUAGCAAGUAGAGAGGGAGGGAGAGACAUUACAAGGCCAGCAUGGACACAAGUCUUGUGUAUUUCUCAUCUUAAGCUGAGAUAGCAUGUUGGAAUGUUUCUCCCCUGCCACGUUUAAAUCCCACCCUCUUCCAAGGAGGGCAACAUAUUUUGAAUAAGAUUUAUCCCCUGCUAUUCUCACAGUAACCCUUAAACAUGACUAAGGAGAGUCUCAUGAUUGAACAGGCAUUUGAACCCAGUUCUCCCAAGGUCCAGUGCUGCAGGCUAUGUACAUUACACCAUAAUGAUUUCUGUGUGGGUAACACAUCACCUUGCCUACAAAGGUCCGUAUAGUUAAAGCUAUGGUUUUCCCAGUAGCUGGACCAUAAAGAAGGCUGAUCGCCAAAGAAUUGAUGCUUUUGAAUUAUGGUGCUGGAGGAGACUCUGGAGAGUCCCAUGGACUGCAAGAAGAUCAAACCUAUCCAUUCUUAAGGAAAUCAUUCCUGAGUGCUCACUGGAAGGACAGAUCGUGAAGCUGAGGCUCCAGUACUUUGGCCACCUCAUGAGAAGAGAAGACUCCGUGGAAAAGUCCCUGAUGUUGGGAAAGAUUAAGGGCACAAGGAGAAGGGGAUGACAGAGGACGAGAUGGUUGGACAGUGUUCUUCUAACUACCAACAUGAGUUUGACCAAACUGCGGGAGACACUGGAAGACAGGAGUGCCUGGUGUGCUCUGGUCCAUGGGGUCACGAAGAGUCAGACACGAUUAAACAACGAACACCAACAAUUCAUGAUAUUGUGUAACAGUGAUGAUCUCGUUUUUACCUUGAGAGAAGGCAUGGUGUUCUUGUAGAUCUGUUACUGAAUGAGGCCUCAAGCCAUCAUCCUGUGCUGUUGAUAGCAUCCUUAAGUCAUUCAUUCUUAGAAGAUCACUGUGGUUAGCUAGUUGAGUCUAUAAUCCCAUGCAUGUGUUUCAUGCAAAUCAAUCUUUUUCAUAUUGGUCAUUAGAUGUAUAAUUUGAUAGAAUUUGAAUUAGUGGUGUGUUUUACACUAUAGAUUCACCUCUGCUAGAGAUAACAAGAAAUUUUGUUUUUCUUAUUUGUUUCUUUUAUUGAGGGUCCAACGAGGCCCAAAUAGAAUUGCAGGUUGACAUUUGGCUUGUUAGAGAUGGUGCAAUGAUCUCUUUGCCAGCUAUUAUAAAACCUGGCAUUUCGAGUCAAAAUUCCAGCCUGUCUCUUUGGACCAUGGAAUGUACCUGAGUCUACACUACAACUUGGCGUGGCAUUGCCUUUGAUCUCAUGGUCCAGGUGACUGCUAUGUCUGGACAUGCAAUGGCUCUCUUUAAUUUUGCUUUGAACACCUAUGCUUGAACAGGAAAAAGACAAAAUAUUGCUAUUUUGCACCCUUGCAACUUUUGUGUUGACAUCUGCGCUAGUCUUCAAUCUUAUUUUUAACUGUUCAGUGUGUUUUAGUAAAGCACAGAUUUACUAAUUUUAUCUGUUCAUUAGAAAAGCAGAAACAAAGGCUUAAACUUAGAGAAUGGUCAUUGCUGUCAGUAGGCUUUAGUAAAAGUAUGUUGUACAGUAUUAAGGAUCAAAGGUAAGUUGGCAGUAUGUGGCAAAGCAUGCAAUUUUGUCAAUAUUUGGCGAAUUAGAUCAAGGAAGAUAAAUCUUGCCAUGGGUGGACAUGCAUUGAAAUUGUAUGUUUUUGCUGGAUAGAAGUCUUGAUGGCUUUUGGAAUCUAUCCAGUGGAAUAUGUGCAAUCAGCACUUCAGGUACUCAGUCUCAGUUGCCAUUCCUUAACCACUACUGAACUGCAGCUUAGAAUCUGGCAGACAAUUUCUAUAUACUCUCAGGACAGUAUACUAUUUAACUCCCCAUCCUUAAAAAAAGAAGCCGUCUUUUACACAUUUUGGAUUUUUGUUUUUAGGAAGAGAGUAGCAGAAAUGAAAGUAACUCUCUUCAUUGAUCUUAGUACUGUAUGGUUAUUCCCCACCUUGUGAAAAUUUUGCAUGCCUUGCCAUGAUGCCGCAUUUACCCCCCCUUUUUUUUGUAAAAAGGUGAUAGUCUGUAGUCUGGUAAGAAUCUACAUCCCCCUGGAGCUGAGAACAGAAUUGGCAAGCCAAUCCUAGCUUUCCUUUAAAACUAAAAUAAAGAAAAUAUUUUUCAUUUGAGUAAAAUCUUGCUCAGUUCCUCUACCCCUGUUUGCUUCCUUGUUGGGGGUUCUGUGUAAUUAACUACCUUAAAAAGUUCUUUCAAGGGUACGAUGAAAGGUCUAGCCAAAGUGGGCAACCACCAUUUUCAGUUGGAGAGUUAACUAUGUGCUUUACACUGUCCCAUUGAUAUCAAUAGGCCUCCAAGUACUCCAAGCUGAAUUGCGGUUUAGCACAUUAUUUAACUUACGAAGCAAAAGAGAUAUUCUUAUGAGAAAAUUACCAUACAGGUUAUUUUUACACAUACUGACAUUCUCUGUACUCUUAAGAACCGAAGCUCACAGAUUAACAACAGCAAAUUCAUCUUUUAUCACCAAAUGUACACAUGGGAAGCUGCAACCAAUCUCAGUUCACUGACAACUGUAUAAUACAUAGGUUUACCCAUACUGUUGACACAUAGAUCCUUUUAUAUUACAAAAUAUAUUGCGGGCCUUGCUUGAUAUUUGUUUCUUCAUUGCUUUAUGACCUCCUUCGUUUUCAGAAAAGCUCAAAGCAAAGAAUAAUAAGCACCACAGUUGUGGCACUCUCUUCUAGUUAACAUUUGCGUGGCGUCUUCCGUCCUGGCAUUCAAUAAACUUUUAAAACUUACCCUUUUUACAGAGAGUUGAGGGCUUCAGUUCUUUGACUCCUUGGGACAGCAUUCUAGGGGCCGUAGGAUGCAUCAGAUCUCCCCCUCUGACGUCACGUGUGCUGAUGGCCUAAAAUAAAAAGCCGAGGAAACCAGCUCUGUAAAACUUGCUGGUUUGGUUGCUUAGACACACUCCUUCCCAUAGGUGACUGUGUACAAGUCUGGUGCCACACACAGGUCUAGACAGACGGAUUAUUACUAGUGAAGUCUAGAAAUAGGAUAUUUCCGCAUCUUUCACCUAAACGGAGGCAAAUGAAACACACACUGAAAUCAAUUGUACCUGAUCCUUCAGACUUCCAGUUAUCUUGAAGCUUCUUAUAAGGCCUUUCCUUCAAACUCUUGAUCCCAUAUGGCCCUGAUUCAUUACUUUCUGAAUAACCUUCUGAAUACACCCAUCCUAAUCCUAAAUGCAUUUAUUUGGAAGUAAACCCUAUUCAUUUUUACUGAAGCAUGUUUCUAGGAAUCUACUUAGGACUGAAUGCAUCUGUAGAGAAGCUACACCUGUGAAUUUUAGUUCUCUGGAGUAGUCUGAACAUAACAGGGGCUACAAUUUAGGGGCUAGAUAGAAGCUAGUAGGUUGAUUGCGUACAUCUUCUCAUGUGAUUUCUCCUUCCCAUCUUCCAGUGUUACAUGUGACUAUUUAAACCUAGCCUAGCUAUGAUCAUAUACACUGAUUGAGACUUUAUUCUUAAUCCAGGUAAAUGGGGACAUCUGGAAUUUUGAUGUGGGUUGAGGGACGGUGUGCAUGAUUUGGUGAUCCCAAACCUUGGCUUCAUUGCUAUAUCCAACCUGGACAUUAAAUUGUUGGUGGAAAGCAUCUUUCUUGCCCAGGCUUUGGCUGUAUUCAGACAUAAUGUUAAGCCAUUGUUUAGAAAAUUGAGAAUGAGCCUAGUUUCUUUUUCCUGGGCAUGCACGUUUCCCCAUUUUAGGUAAACCACAGUUUAGCAUGUUCUUUGAGCUCAAGUUGUGGUGAAUAUUAGCUAUAGUAAGUGGAGACAAGCCAGUUUUAUAAACUGUGGCAUUAAGUUAGUUUAACACUAGUUAUGAUGAACCACAGUUUAUCUGGGCUCAGGCUAUGGUUUUGAUUAACCAGAACUGUCCAAACUCUUCUCUGAGGCCACGGCAGAAAAAGGAAGGGGGAAUCUGAAAGCCUGAGAGCGGCAAGACUUGUUUACUAAAGUUAAUGUUUCAUCCAAACCAACGUUUGGAAACAGUGGGAAAUAUUUGCACGCUAGUUUCAAAAUUAAAGGGCUAACAAUUGAAAACACACACAGUCCCUGCCAUUCUUUUCUAAGUGCCUUUACUUAAAAAUGAAAAUUUGAAAUGAAAGCAGAAUUAAGGAUGAACAAGCUCUGUUUUUGAUGUAUUGCAGAUUUUUAAUUUUAAAAACAUUUUCUCAAUUACAGGUCUACAUUUAACAUAGGUUAAUAUUUUACAUAUUUAACAAAGGGAAAAAUGGUACUGAUCUAGCACACACAUACUCAGCCUUCAUAUUCCUCUGCAAAUAGUUAAAAAAUGUAAUUUAGCCUUUUGGAAAUGUGUGUGUGUAUGUGUGAAUAUUAUAUGAAAGUAUAUUAAUUGUCUCCAUUCUCUAACUGGAUCCUGCUUGUGUGAGGAAGAAGCUGAAGGCCUUUACCACACAUUUUAGCUUCUGUUGUUGACUUAAUUAUUAACACUGCAAAGUAAAUUCCAGUUUGAGGGAAGACUUGUCCACUGAGAGAACUGAUUUUAUUGUCACCACCCUGAAACAAUGAAAUUAGCACCAUUUCUUCACAGACAUAUUGUUGCACUUAACCCAGAAAACAUGUCACAAAUAAGAGGACAGCACCCCCCUCCCAUCUUUUGAAAAGCAUGCCACUAAUCAGUGGGUCGAGUGCUGGGACUGGAGGCGAGAAAGGUCCAAAUUGUUGCUUAGACAUGCCAGUUUUAGAAAUCAUAGCUUUGUGAGGGAAGUAGGGGCCAUCUAACAAUUCUCAGCACCCUUAACAAACCAUGGUUUCCCAGAGUUAUUAGGCGGGUGGGAGAGAAAGUGGUAUAAUACUGCUUUCAAUGUGUGAUACAGAUGGUGCUGCUCUCUGUGUCUUGACCUUUCCUGAGUGUGUAUGUGUGUCCCUAGGUCUCUGUUACCUCUUUCAUUUCCCCACAAAAUAUUAACUGCCUGUUUUAAAUUGAGUUAUUCACGCGCACCUUGAUUUCUUCUUUCCAAGUUCCUUGUAGCGGCUAGGCCUCCUAAGUUUUGUAAAACAGGUUUGUGUAGACUUCAGGCUUGUGGGAGCUAUUUUGAAGGGUGCUUCUCCCCCCCCCCCCCGAAUCCCAUGACCUUCCAACCAGAAUCAGGUGCAAAAGACAUAGGUCACACCAGCAGCAUAUUCAAUAGACAUUUAAUUUUAAAGCACGUAACUUUACCUCUCACAAAGCUACAGUUCAUUGGAAUUUUUUUUUGGGGGGGGGGUCAUGUACUUUAAAUGUAUUGUGUGGGUCUGCCCAUAGUACACAGAAUAAAAUAGCAGGAUGCCUCUGAGUAUAUUCUGAGAAACGUAAUUUCCGCCCCAGAAUCUGAUCCAAUCUGAACUCACCAUCCUUUCUUUCACCUUGUUGAUUUUCUUCAUGCCAGCAGGCUCAUUGAAGUAGAAAAGGUUGUCUCAUUGCCAUCCUUAAAGAGUGGGGUGUUGGAAGGGACCCCUUGCUGAUAUACUACAGCUCAACCAGAGGUCUGCCGGAGACCUACCACCCACCCACUCCUGUUGUAGAGGGCUUGGUUUCAUUAUUUAUUUUCUGUUGUAAACACAGCUAAGGGUCAGCUUGGGAAUCUACCAGUGAAAAAAGCACCGCCAAGUGUAUCUAAGCAUGUAAACGGUCCCAAAUUGUAUGCCCGUACUCCCAAUUCCCAUCAGACGCAGCCAGCACAGCCAAUGUGGUAGUUCCCCCACACUUGCUCUAACUAUACUUUAAUAAAGAUUUCCCUGCUGAAUAUCUGUGUCCAGUACUAAUUGGCACGAGGGCCCCCUGAAGUUAAGUAUUUUUUAGUAGACACACGCUACUCAGUGAAAACCACUGCCCUGCACUUUCAACACACGGCCAGUAGUGUCACUGUUUUCCAAGCAUCUUCCACAAGUUCCACCCACCUGGCUAUGAGAACAUUGGUUUCCUAUUGAUGUGACUGCCCACCCAUUCCUAUGCUUCGACAGUGGAACUUUGGUUCUCAAACGGCUUCGUUGAUGAACAAGUUGGCUUCUGAACGCCAAAACCCCAGAAGUAAUUGUUACUGUUUUCGAAUGUUUUUCGGAAGCCGAACAUCCGAUACAGCUUCCGUUUGAGUGCAGGAAGCUCCUGCAGCCAAUCGGAAGCCGUGCCUUGGUUUUCGAACGUUUCGGGAGUCGAACGGACUUCCGGAAUGGAUUAAGUUUGAGAAUCAAGGUACCACUGUACCUGGGUUAGAUUUGAUUAGCACAAACGUAUGCACCCUGCACAUAUACUUUACAGGUACAUUUUAAACAAGUAUCUACUGUGAAUAAAACAAAAUUGGCUUCAUAGGGUUUCUUUGAGAGGAGGGAAAGACUGUUAUCUCUGGGCAGUAGGAAACGGAGCUUACAGCGGAAUUGAAAUGGGAAUCCUGACCAGGGUUUGGACUAGAAUUGGAUGGAGCACAAGGGUGGAUUGUAGCGAGGUCAAUUCAGAUCCAAGCUGGGCUGGAAUGAGAAUAGAAGCAGAGAGGGGAAGCUGCUGGACUUGAAAGAGAGUUGGGUUGGACGGGCAGAUAUAACGGGCAAGGACACCAAGCUACACAAGAGUCAGGGUGUUGCUGGGGUGAAAACACAGGCCUGACCUGGGAGCAUAUAUAAUAACUAGGUUAGAUCAGGAGGCAGCAGUGGACUGUCUAGGAUGCUGACUGGAACUAAGCAUAGAGCUGGGAGAAAACUAAAGCAGCGAGAGGGACUAAGAAGCUGCCAAAAAUUGCAGUGGUUAAAAACAGCAGCAGCCAUGUAGGAAAAGGCAAUAUCCUAUAUUUCUGACAUGUUCGGGAAUGCAUACUUGAGGGAAGCUGUCAUUUUUAACAGAUGGGGAAGGCCGUUCGAUUGGCACACUCUCACAAUAGGAACUUGUUUAAAGCAGAGAUGGAGAAUCUUUGGUUUUCUAAUGCUGUUGGGCUAAAACUCCCAUCAGCUUCAGCUGGCGAGACCAGUAGUCAGGGACUAUGGGAGCUGUAGUCCAAUGACAUUGGGAGGCACCACAGGUUCUCCAGCCCCGAUUUAAAGCAUUUUAACCUGCUUUUUGGGUGGAAAAGGUUCCCAGAGCAGCUUAACGUGACAUAAAUAACAAGUGAGGUGAGACAUUCCCUGCCUUCAGGCUUAUAAUCUAAGAGAUGUGGCGCAAAAGGAAAAAAGGAUGAGGGGAAAAGAGGAAAGCAGCACACUCUGGCAGGGUUUUGGUAACGACCUCCUUAAAUGGAAGCCAUCCUGGUCUAGACAAUGCUUGUGACACAGUUGAGCAAGCCUCCCUGGGCUGCAGCCAGAUGAAAUAGUUUCUGCUAGGUGGCAGUUGAAGGAGCCUGAGGGGUUUCGACCUUCAGGGUUUGGUUCUUCAGCAGAGCCUAGGGAAUGGGCCUGCUUCCCAUUGCUGCAGUAUUGUCUGCAGCCUGACAGACAGCAGCUCACAGGACUCUUAGCAAAGGUCCAUCCCUCCACUUUCUUCUUGAGCUUUUAACAGGCUAGGCCGAUGACCAGAGACGACAGGGACAGAAGCUGAGAUCUCCUGCGAGCAAAACGUGUCCUCUACCACGGAGUUGCAGUUUAUCCCUCAAUAUUGAGAGCAAACCCCCCACUUCUUUUGCUAGAUCUCUCAUGUCAAGGCAGCAGACCUGCCCAAGCCUAUUUCAAAAAAAGAGACAUGUUCGUCCUAAAAACAUGCCAGGAAUGAAUAGAAUGACUCUCUUCCUUGCUUUCCAAUUGUGCAGCCUCAAGAUGCUCCUGGUUCAAGUUCCUGCCCAUUCUACCACCAGUAGCAAAUCGCCUUUAUUCGGUGCAUUGUUCACCAACAUUGGGUAAUGAAAAUCUGAGCUUCUCCUUUAAAGUGCUUGAUUUUCUCUCUCUCCCUCCAGUUCAGUAUCAGAUGGAGAUGAUGAGGAGCCUCCGCCACGUCAACAUCGACCAUCUUCACGUUGGCUGGUACCAGUCCACCUACUAUGGUUCCUUUGUCACCCGUGCCCUCCUGGACUCCCAGUUCAGCUACCAGCACGCCAUUGAGGAAUCUGUCGUUCUCAUUUACGGUCAGUGUGCCGCUUCCUGUAUUAUUUUACACGCGCGCACCAAUAUUAUUACGGCUAUUUUUGCCUUCCCCCACCUCCUCGCCUGCAAGAGCGGCCCUGGCAGGCCUUCUCCAAGUAAAUACCAACCCUGUGUCUGCAGCAGCCUCAGCAGCAGCGAAGUCUAGACAGGGUUUCCUUCUCUCUGUUUAUUUUUCUUGCUAUCAGAGCCCUGAUGUGUACGUUUUGGAAUGCUGGGGUAGCUGCUUCAUUUUUAUCCCUCCGCCUCUCCCCUCCGUCGUGGAAGCGGCUGGUGGAACUCGACCAGAUGUCUUAACAAACCCUGCUUGCUAGAGCGUCUGGCUCCGUACGUGACUGACCAAUCAUCCUGCAGCUUGCCAAGUAUAACCCCCCCUUUCUUCCCCUCCUUUUUAUGCAUCUGACAGAAGCGUACAAAACCUGGCCUGUUCCGUAGCACAAAGAUUUUUUUCUUUUCUGCCGGGUUUUUUUUUUUAAUGGCGUUUCCUCAAGCUCUCCAGACCAGAUGUUCUGCGCUGUAUCAGAACCGUAGGCAAUUUAACAGCUUUAUAGCCUUCCCCUCCCCAAACACUCACAGUUUUGCCAUAUCUGGCAGGCUCGCAUAUAGUUUCCAGCUGAGAAGCGAAUGUAACGUCCUGAGUAUCUGUCAGAAAAAAUACUAAUGAAUACGAUCAAUCUUAUGAGCUGCCCCAAAAUUGUUUCAGUAUGUUAACAAUUGGAUUACAGUAAAGAACAAGUUGUUAAAGUAUACUUAUACCGGCUGGAAACUUUGCAUCAUCAGAUCUUGAUGAAUUUUCCACUUGUUUCAGUCUAUUUUGGUUUUCGUUUUAUCACUGAUUGCUAAAGGUUUUACUAUGUUCCGUUUCAGACAACACAAAUGUUAACUUUUUUUUUCAAAAAAAGUGAGUUUACUAUUUGGCAAGCCUACUUCGGCUGCUAUCUUGCUACAGAUGUUAAGCUCCUUGUCCAGAGAUUAAAUAGGUUUUUUUUAUUCAUACAGUUUUUCCACUCUUCGCGAUAGCAUGUCAGCAUGAAAACUAUGUACACAUAAGAAAAUAAAAAAUGAAUGCAACUGGAAACAGUUACCUAAAUAAAUAUUUUCCUAAUAGAAUACCAGGAGUUUGCCAGACCAGGUGCAGGUCUGAGGCCAGGACCCAGGAGGUCUAUUCCAUUGUCACUGUAAAGUAACUCUAGUUUUUACAGAGGCAGUAAACUGGUACCUGGCUUGUACCACUUCAGACUGCAGUAGGAGUCUCUCACGGUUAAGAGUUCCUCCCAUGCAAAUUCCCCCAGCUCGCAUAUUGGAAACUAGAUGUCAGGGAUAAAUAUUCUGGCCCAGGUUUCUCCCUGACAGUGCUAAGUUUCUACAUGCAUGGACUAGUUUAUGACAGAAGAGCGGUUGGUCACGUAGCACACUUAACACACACCUCAUCCGAACUAGCCCAGGUUAAGACACAGCUUUAUCUCCUGGUAGGCCAUACAUUCAGUGAUCUUGGGCUGAAUACCAUGUAGGAGCCAUUCCAAGGAAGAAGUCUCUUAUGUAGAGAAAGAGCAUAAAUUGUGGGGGGAAAUCGUAAAUAUCGAUGGAUUGAUACAGUGCUUUUGGCAUUAGUUAUUUUAAAAAAAACAACAACUCAAAACUGUUGUGGCAUUUUAGUAGCAGCAUGUGAGGCAUGUGGAAGAGGCAGAAGUUACGCAAACCACAGAAGUCUUUGCUUUCUGGCCACUGGGGAAGAAAAGAUCCUAUUCUGCUAUCACCAAGAAACCAUAAGACGCUGCCUUACACAGUGAUUGGCUACGUGUGCAUCUAGCCCAGUCUAAUCAACCUCUCGCCAUGCACAUCUGUCUUUCCCAUCCUCUGCUACCUGUUCUUUUUAGCUGGAGAUAACUUGGGCCAAACCUGGGCCCAUCUGGGUGCAAAACAGAUGAAUUGUCACCAAGCAUUGCCCAUGCAGUUGACAGGCCUGUCUUUGCAGCUCUAAAGACUGGAAUCCCCGCGGUAUAGUCUCUGUGCACCUCAUAACAGAAUUGCAGCGUAGUCUUAGCUACAGCUGUAUGGAGGUACAGAACUUGGCAUUCUGAGCGCAGGACACUGAGCCCAGUAACAUUUCCCAGCAACAGAUUUCUCCUGUCCAGCCACCAUGAGAGGUUAAGGCUUAGAGUUGAUUCUCCACCCCCCACCCCAAUUGUGCACCAACUCCACUAUUAAGAUUCUUCCCUGAAGGAAGCCUACAGGAAAUCUUCUUUUUUUCAUCAUCCUCUUAAUCUGGAUUUUUAUUUCAUUUUAUUUUGCUGAAUACCUUAUUAAAGGGUUGCGGAUUUUGCAACUGUUCAUUUGGAGGGAUCUGUUUCCACUGUUAAAUGUUUUUAUUGAUUGGUCUGCUGCUUUGAGUCUUUGGAAAAGACUUUGCAUGGUGUGUUUGUAUGCAGUUUGCAUUACAAUGUUCCUCAAAGUUGACUUUAAAAAAAAAAUCCUCUUUAGCAAAACUUUAGAAACAUGUCUAAAAAUGAAAUGAAACCCGCCCAGGGGAAAGUGCUCAGAUAAAAGUGCUCUUGAUGAAUAUUCGGUAUCUUUUGUGCUUUCCUCUUGUUCUUUCUUAGAUCCUAUAAAAACUGCCCACGGAUACCUUUCCUUAAAAGCGUACAGGCUGACACCUAAAUUGAUGGAGGUUUGCAAAGAGAAGGAUUUCUCUCCAGAAGCGUAAGUGUGAGGGGAUGUUUUGGAAUGUGGGUGGCAGAAAAAGGGGGCGAAGAGAUGAAAUCCCUCGCAGCAAAGCCCUGUAGCAGCCUCGGAUGAUGCAUGUACUCUCUCAGUAGCUGCAAAUAGUAGAGGCCUCCGCAGGUGAAUAGGGUUAAAGAAUGCAGCAUUUACUUCGCCACAGAAAGAUGUGCUGCACUCUGUCAUCCCAAACAGAAGAUGAGUGUUAAAGGCAAACAAAUUGAGCAGGGAAGAGAGGAAAUUAGAUGCUCAGGGUUCUGAGCCUGAGAGCUGAGUUAUGAAAUCUUUGUGGCAGCAGUGUCUUCUCUUGUAACUGUUCCAACUUAUAAGAUUGUGAACUGGUCUACGUAGGUCCUUCUCCAGGCAAUUAGUCUUGAGCGUUCUCUCUGUAUCUCCAGUUCUGGAAAUACUGAGUAUAUGCUCCCAUUAUUUCAUAUACUGAUAUCUUCUUUAUCUAGUCAUUAGGAUGAUAUGGCUGUUUUCCGUUUUGGACCAGAAUGGUUCCAUGACUGCAAAUAGCCCACAUCAUGUAUCUUUUAAAUAGCAACAAUUUACCAGCGAUUUCCAGAUGUGGAGCCUCAUUUGCCCUACUAAACACAAAGCAUUUUAGCGGUGUGAUUAGGAACUUGAUGACAAUUAGGACUAGGGAAUCAGGCUCAUUUUAGAGCCCCAGUUCAGUAAAUCUGUUUGAUUAGAAAUGGGUUCUUCUGUUGUAUUUUCUGUACGUGUGGCAUGUGUGAGAGAGUGAUUAUUAAAUGCUUUUGGAUUAUUAAUAAAUCUGAAUUGAAUACUAGCCCUGUGCCAGAAAUGGACGCGGAGCUUUUUCUGAAUGGCUUAAACCCCAAAGAAUCGUCCCUCCUUGUAGUCCUUCAGCCAUCUCUGCAGAAAGCCAAGGGCAGUGUGUUUUUGAUGGUUGCCUUUUGUUAUUCAAGUAGAAAAAGGGGCCCGAUGUUGGGGUCUAUAACAUGGGCGCAGAAUCAGUGAUCUCCUGAUGUUGGGUUCCAGCUCCCAUCUGGAGGAUCUUGAGCCUCAAAAUGGAGUGGGAGAAGGUUUAAGUUGGGACAUUCUGCCAGAUCUCAACCACUCAAAAGCUAUUGAGAGCCACUGUGGUGCAGUGGUUAGAGUGUUGGCUCAGGACCAGACGUCAAAUCCUCACUCAGCUAUGAGGCUCACUGGGUGACCUUAGGCUAGUCACUCUCAGGCUUGUUGUGAGGUUAAAAAUGGAGAGGGGAAGAACAAUGGACAUGACCUCCUUAGGGGAAAGGUGGGAUAUAAAUGCAAUUUAAAAAAUGAUAUAAUAUAAAUAAAUGUAAAAAUAUAUUGGACAGAAAGGGUAAAAGAUUGCCUUGUUCUCAGGAGAGAGAUUCUAUCUCAGCAUUUUAUCUCACAACCCCCUGCCCAAACAGCUGUCCUCUAUGCAGCAUGUCAACCCAUUUUCAGAAUUUGAAACAGAUUUCCUCACUUUAAAGAAAAACGUUGAAAAAUAAACUAUUCAAAUAUAUUUGUAAAUAUGCUUUCCAAAACAUUUUCUCGUUGAGAGAUGGUGUUUUAAUGGGCAUUACAGAACACGUUCUUCUUGUGAUAUUGCUUUCUAUUAUGUGUUAGAUUAAGAAGAAAGCUGCAUUUUCUUCGAUGUUUUUAGUUGUUCAGUACGCCCAAAGGGAUCUUUUUUUCUCUCAAAAGGAAACCCAAUUACUAUUCUGCCACAUUUUUUUUCCAUCUUCAAAUACACACUGAUGGUUUUUGCAGUCUCUAAAAGGAUGGAACCAACACUUCAUUCUCCAAUUUGUGAAACAAAUAUUUACACAGCACUCUGCCCACCUCCAAACCCAACAGAUUGUCCUUUUCUUUCCUAGUCUCAAGAAUUGUUUGAGUUAAAAAAUAAAUAGAAAAGUUGGGAAGAUAAUAUAAGCAAAAUGGCAAAGAAUGGUGAGAAAUCAUUUUACUCUUUACCUUAAAAUUUUGCAAAAGAAACCACCACCCUCCCAGAAAACAUGUUCAGAUAUUGGCUAAUCUUAUUUUAGUUCAUUCCAGUUGUGAGCCAUUUCCUGUGAAGCAUCCCGAGCGAUUUAACAAUAAGAACGUAUGUAAAACCAAUUCACAUAUAAAAACAAAUACACAGGUACAGGCUAGGAUAAAAAUCUCCACUUUGAAGGUCUUAUGGGAAGAGAAAGGUGUUCAAUAGGCUGCAAAAAGACAACAGAGAUGGUGCCUCUCUGAUUUGUAAUUGGGUAGACUUCCAAGUAGAUUCCACCACCCAUAGGUGCCAACUCCCUGGGCCCCUGGGUACACUUGCACACACAAAAUUCCCCAUGAAGGGGCUGGGCACCCACAAAUUUCAGUGCCAGAGCCAUGCACGCUGCAUGGCACCCACGGGCCCUGGCACCCACGGUCCCAGGGCCAAGCUGGCACUCCUGCCACCACCUGUUCCUUGGCCAUAAUACCUUGACCACAGUAGUCAGUGCAUUGCACUCUAGGUGGGGGUCCCUUUGUGGUUGGUCCAGAAACUGUGGCUAUUCAGAAAGCUGCAACUCAGUUACUAACAGGGUUAGAUCCUGGCAGCACCUCACACCUCAUGCUCCGAGAUGUGCACUGGAUGUUAAUUUGCUACCAGACCAAGUUCAUAAAUUGCGACGUAAAGCCAGAUUUGGAUCGGCUUACCUGAAGGAUUGCUUUGCCCUGUGUGUGUUCUGCUCGAUCACUUGGAUCUUUUACAGGUGCCACAUAAUGUUCAUUCACUAACUACAAGCUGUUGGUCUUUUGGUGUGGCGGAACCUGUGCUUUAGAACUCUCUACCUAGGCACCCUUGCUAUAUAAUUUUUUAGGCACCUGCUAGAAACUUUUUCCAAUCCAGCACCUCUAACCAGAUUUUACUGGAUCUUAUUAUAGUGUCUUGACUUUAAGCAUAUAAAACUUCAACAUCAGGUUGUUGUGCAACUUAACAAAUACAGUAAGUGAAAAUGAACAAAAGCAAGAGCAGACCUGCCCAGAUAAAAUCUGAAUUCAAAGUGGAGGUCUAAAUAGCCUGGAGAAGGUAGUGUUUUCUUCUUGAACCAUAAAAGGCAACAAACUUGAUACCAGGCAAACCUCUCUGGGAAAGUGUUCCAAAGCUGCGGUGCCACCACUGAAAAGGUCCUGUUGCAGAGGAUUUGGGGGCAUAUACUCUUUAGUUUGUACAGAAUACAGCCCAGGCCUGCUAAAGACUAUGGCCCUAGAACACUCCUAAUACACUCCAGCAACUACACGCAGUUGGAAAUGAUCAGUAUUGGGACAGAGCCAUUUAUUCCACCAUUACUGAUUUCCUCAUUAAGGGACCUUUAGUGAGCUUAAAAGGUACUCUUGCUUUGAAAGCUACUGCUGUACUGUACAGUAUUUAGAAUCCAAGCCAAUUUGCUUCUCUCUGUUUCCCGCAAGUAUUUCACAAGCUCCCAGAAUAAUUUUAAAAAAGGGUUUUCCACACGCUUUCCCAAGUUUGCUAUAAAAGUUUGACUGUUUGCUGAAUUGGAAGGGUAAAAAGAAAAAAAGCUGGGACUCUCCCUAGUCACCUGCGGAGUAUUUUUCCUCGAUCCAGGUGAACCCAUCAACAAUGCACAAGCAUGCCAAGUUUGUUAUGGGGACCUCUCUCUUUGCAGGUUGAAAAAAGCAAACAUCGCCUUUGAAAACAUGUUUGAAGAGGUGCCGAUCAUUAUCAAGAAUUCCUACCUCAUCAACGUUCUUCUUUGGGAGCUGGAAAAGAAGUCGGGAGUGGCAGAUAGACACGAGCUGCUCAGUCUCGCAAGCAAGUAAGUGCUCCUUUGAAAGGAAAAUGCAGUGAGGCAUUUCCGAACCUCUUUGCUCUUUUUGUUGAAGAGCAUCUUGUAUACUUCAGGAUCCAUGUGCCUCGUCACUUAACCGGGAGGUGUGGGAAGGAGAGGUUGGGGAAAGGUGGGAAAGGAAAGCCUAACCCAUUAAUUAUUAUUAUUUUUUGUAUACAGUCGUACCUUGGAAGUCGAACGGAAUCCGUUCUGGAAGUCCAUUUGACUUCCAAAACAUUCUUAAGCUGCGCUGGACAUUCAGGUUCCAAAGAAAGUUUGCAAACCAGAACAAUCACUUCCAGGUUUGUGGCGUUCAGGAGCCAAAACGUAGGAGUUCCAAGGCAUUUGGCUUCUAAAGUACGACUGUAUAUUUAUUGUUUUGGAAGAAAAGUACAAAAAAAAGACCGUACAGUUGUAAUUUGAGAAAGCAAAUGAGAAACCCAAAUCCCCAUCCCAACACACACACCCUGACCAGCUUACAUACUGAAUAUUAUUUAAUAGUUUGCUAGACAUCACACUUUGUAUUUCCUGGUGCAGAAUAGUCUUGUUUGUAGUUUUGUGGCACAGGGUUCAUAGCAAAACCACCCACCCCUGUCCCUAAGCACUCUCUUCCAAAAAAGAUUUCCUCAUGUAUCUCUUUCCUUCUCAACAUAUCUCCCCCUUCAGGCUGAUAUUAAUUAUUUCAGUGUCUCUAUGCUACCCACUCCAGUAACACAGGCUGACCAAAAUGGCUUUUAUUUAUCCCUGGCACCUGUGGGGAGCUGGUUUUCCAUGCCCCGCUAGUUGAGUUAGCGGCAUGCACUAUAUUGAUGCAUAGCCAGGGUUUAGUUGUGCAACCCCUUCCUUCCUUCAGAGGAGAAGAAGAAAGUUUCCCUUUAUGCUAGAAACAACUUCCUAAUUCAGGAGGACCUUUCAAUGAGCCCCCUUGGUUUUUAUUAGGAAUGGGAUUCAGGAAUAUUUUACGGUGAGGCCUUUACAAAACUGGGUGGUGUGCACAAGGCUUAGCUUGACAUACAUGCACACCCAAUAAUGCUUAAGUACCAAAAUGUCCUCUUCCUCUUGCCCCCCCCAUCUACUCUGGAGCAGAAUGGGGGGGGCAUGGCAGGUGCAAGAGGAAGGAAAAGUUGUGUUGUGCUAAUGGAAGUCUAUUCUACUUGUGGACAGACACUUGUUGUCAUUGUGCCUCUGCCUUAGUUGAAUCAGGUUAAUAACCCUGCCCACAAGCCUACCUUCUUUUCUUUUUUAAAAAGGCAGUUUGGGAUGGGGAAAGAACACUAAAUAAGAAAAGAACACUAAAUGUGGAAUACUGCUACAUAUUCUUGAGUCCUGGGAAUGUUUUGCUGUUUGUUUGAGACCCUCUCUUAGGGAGAUGAACUGUUACUAGAAAAUCAGUUGUUGGCUUAAGCAAGCAAUGUCACAGAUUCUCAGGUGGUUGAGCAGGAAAUUGGUUUUUAAAGGGAAAUAUCCUGUGAAUAGGAGACAAUGCGGAGCAGCCUUAGCUUCCUUCUUGAGGCAUACCUGGUUCUGUUUUGAAUCCCAGUUAAUUUAGUUUAAUUUUAGCUUUUCACUCUCCUUUUACUAAGUGGCUGGAGCCCCCUUAUUGGAUCACAGUAUUCAUGAAAUAUGAUUUAAUUAAAUCCCGUACAGUCAAAGAAUAAAAAGCAUGAAAUAAAUAAACCCGUGUGCAGUGGGAGGGGGAAGAGAACAGUUAGAAAACCAAGCAAUUAAAAUACGGUACAGCAGCAACAUAAAACCCUACUUUCUCAGCAUGGGACAGUUGAUCUUAUAAGGCUGCUGUGAUUGGGGGCAGGUUGUGAGUUCAGCCAAUCUAGGAGCAAGAAUCUGGUGAUGUCACUUUCUUUGUUUUCUCUCUCUCUCUCUCUCUCUCUCUCUCUCUCUCUCUGUGUGUGUGUGUGUGUGUGUAAGUGUAAGUCAGACUAAACUCCAAUGUGGGAACUUGAUCCUGCCUUGGGCUACGUGAAAUAAUGUAUUUGAGCAUAAUAAGAGUGUAAUUGGAGAGCGGACAUAGGAGAGAUAGGAUAUCGGUGAGCUGUGUAACAAAGCCAGGAACAUAGGAAGUUGUCUUAUACCGAACCAGAUCAUUGGCCCCCCAAGCUCAAUAUGGUCUACGCUGUCUACACUGACUGGUAGCAGCUCUCCAAGAUUUCAGAUGGGAUCUCUCCGUCCUACCGGAAGAUACCAGGGAUCGAAUCAGGAGCUUUAGCAUUUAGCUGUGGCCUUGAAGUAACCACUGACCACUUAGGGCAGUGUUGGCCAAACUUGGGUCGCCAGCUGUUUUUGGACUACAACUCCCAUCACCCCUAGCUAACAGGACCAGUGGUCAGGGAUGAUGGGAACUGUAGUCCCCAAAAGGCUGGAGACCCAAGUCUGGCCAACACUGACGUAGGGUUUCUGAUGACCUCUGGGCCUGACAGAGGUGGUGUACAGGAUGCAUUGAGAGAAAUACAUCAAGCCCAGGUGGUUGUACUCAACUAUUUCUUAUUUAGAGCAUGAGCUAAAUUACCAGAGCUGUUCUCCUAAAUGGUUUUAAGUGGGCUUAAACUUGCUGUGAGUUCACAGAGAAGCAUCAAUUAAUAUUCCCGCAGAAGCAAAAUACUGUGUCCAGUCGUCACUGCUGCAAACCUUUACCAUGCCAUCUCUCUUUGUGUAUUUCAGUAAUCACCUUGGAAAGAGCCUGCAGCUGUUGAUGGACAGAGUGGAUGAGAUGAGCCAGGAUAUUGUCAAAUACAACACCUAUCUAAGGAACACCAGCAAGCAGCAGCAGCAGAAACACCAGGUUGGUUUUGGGGAGGGGGGGCUGAAUCACAUCUGUUUGGGGGUGAAACGACACAUUAUGUGGCUUCUGUAAUAGAUGCAAAUUGAAGGAUCUUUGAAUUGCAUCUCCUAAAUACACAAGCCUGUUCGGAAAUCUAAUCUCUGUAUCCUAGACGCUCAUUACAUGCAGAGCAAGGGCUGAGCUAUGGCUCCUUCCAGCUCCUUCGCUUGCCAACAUAAAUCUGCAGGGGCAAAUUUAUGAGAAGAUUUUGGAGAUGGAAAAAGUGAUUUGAAGGAGGGGUGGUGGUGGAAAUCCAGGAUUGUUACCCCACCAGUUCUUGCCUAACUUAUACAGUAAUUGCUGUAAAUGUGGCUCAUUGCACCAAGCCUGUUCAUUAUUGAGCUAUAGAACAGUUCUGCGCAAGAGCAAGCAAUUUUGGUACAUAAUGCACCUACUCAGUGCAAAGUAUAAAAAAUAAAUGUAUCUGAUAUCCAUCUUCUUCUUCCUCUCCUCUCCCCGAUUUCUUUCUGCUUUCGUUCUGUCUGAGAUACAGAUCUAUAAGCUCUUAUUUGCUAAUAUUUUCUAAAUCUGGAGGUAUUUUGGUUCUGCUAUCAAGCAAUAAAAUGUCACCACACACAUUUCUUUGCUCAACAGUCAGAAGCUUUAAGGAACCCAGCUUUAAAAUAUAAAUAAAUAAAAAUGCCAUUUGAGCAGCAAAAACCAGCAAAUUAUGAGUCCUUCACAAACCAGAGGUUUUUGUACCUUUUGCUCUCCUAGUAACUCAUAAUAAUACACUAUUGUUCCUUUAAAGAUUAGAGACGAUUGAGAAUAAAUGUUUUGCUAACUGCCUUGUCUCCCUUGCUGCCAGUUGCUCCAUUUUUGCAUCUAAAUAAGUAGGUUAAGGUGUAUUGAAAAUGCUGCUCUGGAAGUGCUACUAGAUUCAUGCUUUACAUAACUAAAGCCAGAACAGUUGUUCAGUCUCUCUCAAACAGACGGCAAACUGUACCACUUUCCCCUCCUUCCUCCAACCUUAUUGAGUUGUUACAUGCGCUGAGAUGCAAAGGAUUUUGCAGAGUUUUAUGUGUGACUUCUUGGCUCUAUUCCCACCCAAUAUCCACCCUCUCCGCUGCUAAUCAUAAUGUUCCGCCUCUUGAUCCCAUGGUAAAAGUUACCGACUUGCAAAAUUGGCAGUAGAAAACCCAGUUCAGGAAAAAAUGGAUGGACUUAAGAUUUUCGCAUAAAUGUCUACUUCUUGGACCCAUUCUGUGUUCUGCUUUUGAACUUCUCGGAAUCCAGAGAGUUGGGCACAAGUUUGGGUGGCUUCUGAGUUUCAGUACAGUGGUACCUUGGUUUACGAACUUAAUCUGUUCCAGAAGCCCAUUCUUAAACCAAAGCGUUCUUAAACCAAGGCGUGCUUUCCCAUAGCAGUGGGGGACUCAAUUUACAAAUGGAACACACUCAACAGGAAGCGGAACAUGUUCUGCUUCCAAGGCAAAGUUCACAAACCAAAACACCUACUUCCGGGUUUGCAGCGUUCUUCAUCCAAGUUGUUCAUAAACCAAGGUACCACGGUAGUCCUUUUUGCAGCAUACACAGUGAAGCCUGUUUUGCUUCAGAAGCUUCUGGGGCCAGGCCAAAUGGUGAUUAGGCCCCCAGUCCAGCAGCAUCUCCAGUGAUGCAAAUUUAGGCAAUGGCCUCUCUCUCCUCUCCACUCCACCCCACCCCACCCCACCCCACCCCACCCCGCAAACCCAAUCCAAUUUCUUUUGUAGACCACAUUGCUGAUUUAGGUUGGGUAGAUGGAUCACCCAGUGAGAGAGGGGUUGGAACUGCCAUGUUCCUUAGCCUGGGGAGAAACAAGAUGGGAACCACUUCAUUUUAAAGCUCAACAACAAUUAACAGCAUUUUUGUGCAAGCAAAAUGGAACGUUUUGAAGCCGGCUUAAGCUGCGUGAAGUAAGCUCAGUAUGUGGAAAGGCAGCUCCUCUGCAUUCUUUAGAGAAAUCCUAUGGGUUCCCUUUGGAUGAAAGAGUCUUACCACCAUGUUUCCUCUUUUCCUUUUCCAGUACCAGCAGAGACGUCAGCAAGAGAACUUGCAGCGUCAAAGUAGGGGAGAGCCCCCCCUUCCGGAGGAGGACAUGAACAAAUUGUUCAAGCCGCCACAGCCACCUCCCAGGAUGGACUCGCUGUUGAUUGCAGGUAACACUUGCAGCCUUCUUCUUUCUUUGUGACUUUUCAACGGCCCUGCACUUCUUUGAGUAAUGCUUUCAGAGAAUCAACAAAAUGCUGCAAAGUAGGGCAAUGAGUCCUGAUUUUAUAUCCAAAUGAGAACCAUAAUAACGUGUGUGUGUGUGUGUGUGUGUGUGUGUGUAUGUGUGUGUCUUUCCGUUUCAUUAUAUCCCCUCCUUUCUUCUAUGGAGCUCCAGGCAUCAUGUUCCCCAUCUAGCAAGGUGGCUUUAUCCUGUGCCUUCAUACCAUGUCCUGGAACUACACAACUGAGCUUUAACGUCAGGCUGGUGAUCCCAGCGAGAUUUUCAGAUCUAGUCUCCCCCCUCCCCCACAUGCCGACCUUCUUCCCAGAAGGAUGCAAAGUUGUUUUAAUAGUAGUUCCUUGGGCUGCCCUCCCUCGUUUAGCUGAGCCUGUAGUGUUUGGGAUUAAAAGCAUCUUCACAUUUUUCCCUGUUCAUCCAAAGUGGCCAAAGUGAGAUGCAACAGGUAGUGCAUGGUUUUUCUCUCUUUGAUAUUUUGCCUUUAGAAAAAAGAGGCACACAAAUCCCAGCUCAAGGCAGAAGGGUAGGUACACUGUGAAAUGGACAGGGGAUGAACAGGCAAGGCGAGAGAACCAUUUUUCGUGCUGCAGAAACAUGGACCGUUUUCUGUUAGUCAUACCUUGGGUUACAGAUGCUUCAGGUUGCAUUUUUUCUGGUUAGCACCGCCAAAACCCGGAAGUACCAGAAUGGGUUACUUCCAGGUUUCGGCGGUCACGCAUGCGCAGAAGCGCUAAAUCACACUUUGCACAUGCGCAGAAGUGCCGAAUCGCAACCCUUGCAUGCGCAGACGCACCGCUGCGGGUUGUGAAUGUGCAUCCUGCACGGAUCACGUUCACAACCCCUAGCGCCCACUGUAAUUGCACCAGCGGUUUGAAAACUACCCACCAAGCAUUUUUAUCCACCUUGGUAGUUCAGUCAGUAGAGCACGAGACUUAAAUCUCAGGGUUGUGGGUUUGAGCCCCACAUUGGGCAAAUGUUUUCUGCAUUACGGGGGGUUGGACUUCCUUCCAACUCUACAUUUCUAUGAUGCUAUGUUUUCAGUUCUAUCCCCUAUCCCAGGUUGGCUCAAGAGCAAGGGCUGAUGAUGGCACAUUGAUAACAAAAUUUGGAGUGAAAUUUAAUGUGCACAAAAAAUGCUGCAACUCCCCCUUUUUUCACAAAUAGCACACAGUGAACAAUUUUAAAGUGCAACCAUGUAGUGCAACCCCCCCACCCCCCACCUUUUUGUAGUUGUUGUUGUUUGCAAAUGGGUAUGGUUUAAAUUCUGGUAAUGAAUUCUCACAGCAACCCAGUGCUUGUUAAAGAAAAAGCACACCCCAGCUCUUUUAAAAAAUUAUGCUUCAGUUUAUGUCUGUUUUCUGGUGGGUUAUACCUCUACCAUCUUCUAGAGUUAAGCAAGCAGCAGCCAAUUGACGCUCUAACAGCCUUCAGCCAAAAUGCUUUUCUUUUUAGCAGAGUCAGGAAAAGACCUGAAAACGUUCACUAUUUUAAUGCACGCGGAAUUAAGUUGGGGAUCAAAGCUGAGACUUGGGUGGUUUUGCUUCUAAGGCAUUUAGAAACUUUUUAAAGUAGAGCAUUAAAUUGAAAGUGUGUUAGUCUGCUAAGCAGUUCUAAUUUUGAUAAUCCGGCUUUGUCUUUCUCUCUUUCUCUUUCUUUUGCUCUUCCUGACUAGCUAGAGAAAUGAACUGUAGAGGCAGAGUGCGUACAAAAAUAAUAAUAAAAUGGGGUGGUGGAGACACUUUUUUUGAUUUGUACAGCACUUCAGACAAAGCCUUCACAGCCUGCUGGCUCGAGAAAUUACUAAUAAUGUGAGGGAACUAACAAAAACAUGACCCACAAAAUGUCAGGUGGAUGAAGCAAGCAUAGUUUCCAGGUCCACAGUUGAGAGAGACAGUCUGAAUUUUUCUCUUCAUAGCCUUCCCAGAAAUCCCUGUAGCGUAUCAAAUAAUGUGGGAUCCUGCAUAGUCCUGGGAGCAUGUUACAUACAGUAGUGCUGCCUCGAUAGGAUUCUAACAAACACAACCUUGCAUUUUUUAACAGCAAACCUCCAAUUCAUGUUGAGCAAUUAACCAAACAAAUGUGAGCCACAUAGGCCAGCAGAAAGCAUCACAUGUCACACAACCACCCACACCAGGGGUCCUUUUUCAGCCCAAGGGAAAGGUUACCUCAGGGGUAGGCAACCUAAGGCCCGGGGGCCGGAUGCGGCCCAAUCGCCUUCUCAAUCCGGCCCGCAGACAGUCCGGGAAUCAGCAUGUUUUUACAUGAGUAGAAUGUGUCCUUUUAUUUAAAAUGCAUCUCUGGGGUAUUUGUGGGCAUAGGAAUUCAUUCAUCCCCCCCCCAAAAAAAAUAUAGUCCGGCCCACCAUAUGGUCUGAGGGACAGUGGACCAGCCCACAGCUAAAAAAGGUUGCUGAUCCCUGGGUUACCUCAUGGCAACCCCUUUUUAUUUCACCCUCUAAAACUCAGUGGUGCUCCUGCCUAUAUGCUGGCAUUCUGUUUCUUGGUGUGUGGCAAAAUGUUUGUGGAGAUGGGGAGGCCAAAUGUUUGGAAGAGGAUGGAGAAAAUUUGGGGGCUCUCCCAGCCUCUUAACUUCUGCCUCCCAUCCAACUUGACAGGUCUUUGACAUAUAUUAGCUCUUGUCUGCAAACGUGUUUCUCGAGUUCUGUUUCUUGGUCAUGCUAUAAAGUGCGAGAGAAUGUUUGUGUUCAGUUUUUUAAAUUUUUAUUUCUCUCGCUCUCUCUUUCUCUUCCCACUUUUUGUUCAUUUGCAGGUCAAAUUAAUACUUACAGCCAGAACAUCAAGGAGUUCACUGCACAGAACCUGGGCAAACUCUUCAUGGCUCAGGCACUUCAAGAGCACAACAACUAGGGAGGAAGAUGAAGUGUUUAACAGUCUCUUGCCCAAGGGAGGAGAUGCUCUGAAUCUCAGCUCGUUUUUGCUUAAGACAUUUUCCAUUACUCUUUGCAAAAUGAACCAAGAACUAGACUGCCUCGUGUGUUUUGAGUAGAGUUAUCCCUCUUCUAAAAUAAAUAAAUAAAUAAACGACCAAUUUUAAACUU